CACAAAACAAGCAGGCUCUUACCUUUCUACACACAGGGGGGGCUGGAUUUAAUAUCUAUAUAAAAAAUAAUAAUAAUAGAAUUGUAUCACUGCAGCAGAUACAAAGCAGCAAAGCCUGGUCACUGGGGCUCCUUGUCAUUCUAUGUGUGGGGCAGAGGUUUGGAGAGGGGAAGGACUGCACUGAGGACCUGGGACAUGUGGAGAUGGUGGUGAGGUCUGUCCAAUUAGAGGACAAACCCUGCUGUUUGGAUGGAGGGCUCCUGGCUGAAGACUGGGGCAUGCAAAUGAGAGGAGCUUCUGUUUCACGACAAACCACGUGCUGGUGUUUCUCAAACCCUGGCUUUAGAAGAGGACUCACUAUAUAAACCACAAAAGCCAUAAUCAUGACGAUUCCAGCCUCCUGAAAAAAAAGGGACACACACACAUUUUCAGGACAAACUGUGGCUUUUUCUCAUCUCCCAACCGCACUGUUCUUUUUUAUUAUUUUUGUUCUACUAAGCCUUGAACCAGGAGAUCCUGCAAUUUCUUCUGGAAACACAGAGAGAGAGAGAGAGAAACAAAAACUGUGUAUUGUGUUUCUAAUGUCACAAGCUGAUCUGGAGCUGAGAGGAGGUCUGGGGGCUUAUUGUGGACUUUGUACAUGGCACUGGCUGGACAUGGUUGUGAGCUGAGGUCUCCAGCGCGUCAGGACACAGUGGACCUUCUGGUCGGCUCAGCUCCUGCCGAUCUCCCCUAGGUUGGCAGCUCUGGAUCAGCUGCUGUUCUGGAACCAGCCAGCGAGAGUGCGGAUUCCUGAGCUCCAGCCUGAACCUGGGUCCAGAGAGAUCUCCAGCCAUAGAUGAGUACAGUGACCUAGAGAGAGCACUUUCAAUGUUACUGACUGCAUGCUUCCCUUACUUACAGCACCUCACAAUGAGACAGUUAGACAUUCUCACUUGGCUAACACAGGGACAGGCUGAGGCUUCUUCAUCUUAGAUACAGAGUGACAGAGACAACACCCAGAAUUAGAUACACUUUAUCCAAAAACUAGAGUGUACCUACAGAUCAACAGACUUAACUUAUCAUUGAGACUGCAGUCCGACCUAGAGACUUCACCCAGAGACUGCAUACUGCUUUAGAAACUUCACCCUGAGUCAGAGACUUCAUCCUGCUUUAGAGACUUCACCAUUCAUGAGGCAGAUUUUAUCCUGAGCUACAUACUUUAUCCAGACCUAUACAUUGUAACCCCUGAGACAGGCUGCAUUCUACCCAAAAAUUAACUCCUGAAACAGACUGUAUUCUACCCAAAAAUUAACUCCUGAGACAGGAUGCAUUCUACCCAAAAAUUAACCCUUGAGACAGGCUGUAUUCUAACCAAAAAUUAACCCUUGAGACAGGCUGCAUUCUACCCAAAAAUUAACCCUUGAGACAGGCUGCAUUCUACCCAAAAAUUAACCCCUGAGACAGGCUGCAUUCUACCCAUAGAUUUAACCCAUAGCAUCCUGACAGAUCAAACUGAAUCAUUUCUAUUAUAAAGAAACAAUAAGUUGGCUACUUACUCCUCACCCCAUGCCUCCCAUCACAGUGACUGUGCCCUACCUAUAGUGUGUGUAUUGUCACUUUAUAGCAAGCCCACCAGUAAAGCCUUACAGUUUACUAAGUAAAUGCAACGUUUCGACUAGCACAAUCCGGUCAGUUAGUCCAAAUACAUGUAACACUGCCAAAACUCUGUGAUCAUACUACGUAGUGUGUGGACUUUAGAUUACCCAGUGACCCUUCUUCAGCUGGUGCUCUCUCCAUCCAGACAAUCAGUGACUACUCUGCUCUUAAAAUCUCAGCCUUGGUCCUCCUGGACUCCCUCUCUGUAACCCAGCAACACAGAGUGUCUGUAACCUUCUCUGACCAAGAGAACACUGGGACUUGAUACAUUGUUUCAUAACAAGGAGAGAGACCCCAGCCACCCAGCAGGCAGUGCCACCAAGGAGGGACAAUAGGAUCAGCUGGCGACAACCUCUACAAGCCAACUUAGAAGAUACCACAGAGGAUAACUCCAUGCCCCCCAGCUGUGAAUCCCCAAAAACCCAUUUGUGGCUCCUAAGACUUCCAGCAGCAUUUGGACACUGAUCCUCACCAGCCCAUGAACCCACAUAAAAGAAGGGCUCCCAGUCUUGCACCCCCUAAGUUGACCUCACCACCAGCCCCUCAUCUCCAGGGUCUGAAGUAGCCUGGGCUGGCACCCUGUUACUGUUUUAUUUUCUCAUUGUUAUUGAAGCCCCUUCUGAUUGCAGCUGACACCCUUGGGUGCCCUGAGUCCCUCUAUUUGCCCUCUCUGCUUGCACCCAUCUCGCUGCCCCCGCCUUGCCAAUAACCCUUGGCUGUUGUGAUGCGUAUUCCCGUAGAUCCCAGCACCAGCCGGAGGUUCAGCCCGCCCUCCAGCAGCCUGCAGCCUGGCAAGAUGAGCGACGUGUCCCCGGUGACAGCCCCGCAGCAGCCCCAGCCCCAGCAGCAGGAGGCAGCUGUACCCAGGCUGCGCCCGCAGGACAACCGCACCAUGGUGGAGAUCAUCGCAGAUCACCCCGCGGAGCUUGUGCGCACAGACAGCCCCAACUUCCUGUGCUCAGUGCUGCCCUCCCACUGGCGGUGCAACAAGACCUUGCCUGUGGCUUUCAAGGUGAGUGAGAGGGGUGACUGUUGGGUGGUUGGGUGGAGAAUCUAACUGGGGUGCAUGGGGGGGGGGGAUGUGGGUAACAGCUGUGACAAAAACGACCCCCGCAAAAACAAUGUACCAUCAAUGAAUGAGAACUCCAUGAUACGUACAGAGUGCUAGGUUAUUAGAAGGCAGAAUUCUUAUUACACAGGGCUAUUCACCAAAGUGAGAAUUGUUUUGAACUCAAAGUGAAGUUCAAAUUUAUGGCCAAAGUAAUAGAAACCAAACAAUUCUCCCAGUCAGCGAUGCUUCCAUCUCAGCUACUUUGACCUUAAAUUUGAAAUUCACUUUUAAUUCUAGACAAUUCUCACUUUAGCCAAUAACCCUGGUAAUUUAUAGAGCUCCAACAUAUUCCGCAGCGCUGCACAUGUAUUAUUAUAUUAUAGUUUCAUAAAACCUCAAAUAGACAGCUAGAAGACAUUGCUUAUUCAGUGAGAAUACCCCAGUGGUAUCAAGGAGCAAGGUUACUGGGGAAUAGUACUGCCGUACAAAGAAGAAUUAUUGUUAUUAUUUGUCAUAGAGCUCCAACGUAAUCUGCAGCGCUGUACACGUUAAACUAUUUUACUAAAAACCUCAAAGGACAACUAGGAAUGCAUGUUUAAUUAUUGAGAGUUCCACAAUGGUUUCCUGUAGUGGGGUUGGGUGGUGAGAGAGUACUUUGUCGAAUUUUCAUUAUUAUUUAGAGAGAUGUGUACAAAUUAUAUCAAUCUGUCUCUAAUAGACUGCUAAAAAGGUCUUGUUUAAUUACCAAGAAUACCCCACUGGAUCCAGUGAGAGAGGAACAAGGGGAAUAGGUCUGGGAUGCAGGGUUAGAAUUGUUAUAUAGAGCUCCAACAUACUCUGCAGAGUUGUACACAUUAUAUUAUUAACAUGAAACCACUACAUGCUUAAUUAAUAAACAUGCACUCAUUGUCACAGUGAGCAAGGGUGUUGGAAGGGGUAUGAUUGGAAUGCAAGAAAUAUUUUUUUAGUUAUAUAGCUCCAACAUAUUCCAUAGCGCUGUGAAUAAUAAUGUAAUUAUUAUUACAAGAAAAUCCCUAAAUGACAACUAAAGAGGCUUCCUUUCAUUGGUGAGAAUGGUGGGGAAAGAGUACAAGGUAGAAGUUUUUAAAAUGUAUUUAUUUGAAUUCCUGUAUAUUCCACAUGGUUGUACAAUUAUAUCAUUAAAAUAAAACCCCAGUAGACUGAUAAAUUUGUGAAAGUAUCUAAAUGCUUUCAGAAACCGGGAAUAGGGGGAGUAGGGCUUUGGUGCAGAGUUUAAAUUCUUAUGAUUUAUAUAGCUCCAACAUCUUCUGUAGAGUUGUACAAAUGGCAAUGUUAACCAAGCUAAACAGACAUUGUUUAAAUACUGAGCAUUGCUUAAAUGGGUCUGGUGUGCGGGUCAGAGGGGAAUAGGACCCGCACAAUUAUUAUUAGUUAUAUAGCUCCAACUUAAACCAUGGCAAUGUACAAAUUAGAUUUUAAUACAGACAGUUGGAAGGAAACUCUUUAAUUAGUGAGACAUCCCUAAUUAGUACAGGUAUAGGGAUUACAAGAGACACUAUUGACAUAAAACACCCAACUAACAGCAGAAAAUGCAUCCUUUAAUACAAACCCCCCAAGUGGGUGUCAGAAAGUUAAGUUUCAGGGGUACAGAAAGUUAUCAAUAGAAUUCAAAAUCUACCUUAAUUAAAAGCUAAACACAUAUCAUAUAAUUGGUCUCAAAUCACAAAUUGGGGUUAGAGUGAUUGGUUGCUGAUAAACCUGGGCUAAAGGGGACAUAGCUUUAACAAAUGUUACCCUAUAAUCGCCUAUGUAUGCUUAAACCAUGUAUCCUUUAAUUAGUACACUGUGAUUAGACUUCUAACAAUUCACCCUGUAAUUUACACUAAUUCCAACAGAAAUCCUCAUGGAAUACCCUUAGUGGGGGUCAGGGGACUGUCAAUAGUAACAAAAGUUAACUUAUUAAACUACUUCUAAUGUAAAUCCCCGAUUUCCCUAUAAUGCACAUUUAGAGGACAUACUGAAGCCAUCAUUUGGGGUGCAAUGGGUAGCAGCUUUAAUAAAAAUGAACCCAAAAACUAGCUAAAAUUUUAAAAAUAAUUAGUGACCCCCAAUUAACGAUUUGAGAGAGUAGGAUAUUUAGUACUGCAAGCGAGCAGGAUAUUUGAUAAAAGUUAACUCUUAAAACCUGCUAUAGUACAUGUGUGUUAAUAAGUGGUAAUCCUCCUAAUUCUGGAAAGUGUGUAUUCUCUAAAUGACAUGUUCAUAGCCAGUGCAAGCCGUGCAGUCACAUCCUUAACCCGGCGCUCUACAUAUUUCUAAAAACACUGCCAAUUAUUCUUGUAGACAGUAUUAUUUUGUUCUCAGUCAUAAUGAUUUCAUGGAGACAUCUUAAAUGUUAUUCAUUUGGGCUCCUGGUAUAGCUUUUUUUUUAUCAACCUUUAUAUUUAAAAGAAUACAAACGUUAACAAGCUAACCCCCUCAAUGCCAAUUUGAAAAAGUACAUGCUAGGAGAUCUGGCCACAACCUGGUUAAUUACAUUCAAAACUAGUACACGUCUUAUGAUGUAUACGCUAAUAUUUAUAUUGGGCACUGCAGAAGUGUUUGACCAGUAGCGACUGUUGUUAAAUGAUUCAAAAACUUCUGAAUUGUGAUAACAGGACAGGAGAUUGAAGCGUUGGUAGGUAGAUGAGUACUAUAGUAUCCCCCCCCAAUUGCCAAAGGUAUUUGUGCGUUAUACUUUGUGAAGACAUUUAUCAAUACUAAGGUGUGCAAUAUUUAAAAAUAAAAAUAAAAAUGGGUUUAUUAAAUGCAAUCCAAUAAUUCCAUGUAUAGUUGGACUGGAACAGGGUUACAAUAUUAAUGGUGACAUCUUUAAUGUAAUGGGUGUAUGUUUUUUUUAAUUAAUCAAGAUGCAGAUUUAAUCCACACACUGUAAAAAUGUUUACAUUGAAACGGUGAUGCAAAUCCACGUUAUUUUUAUUACAAUAUGUAUUUAAUGUCUUUAAGGACUUGUUUUUGCAGUUUAGAAUCCUCUUUAAAAUUACUCUUAUGUGGUUAUUAAAUCAAUCAGCUUUUAAAUCAGCAUAGUGAUUUAGGUUUUAUUUAUUUUUUUGGGGGGGGGGUACAAUUUAGACGGGUGUGCGUGGGUAUAUGUAUAUAAUUACAUAAAUAUAUAUAUAUACAUACACACAUAUAUAUUCUGCAUUUAAUGCAUUCUAUAUUUAACAACUUAAUUUUACACUAAUUUAUCACCAGGAACAAUGUAUAUAACAUUUUCCUGGAGAAAUUAAAUAAAAGAUUUGUUUUGCACUCCUAGUCAAUAGUGAGCAGAUUUGUACAUUUUAUCCCUGUUAUACAGCAAGAUGAUAACAUUAUCCAGCUAUUCUAUUAUUAAUUGGGGAUUUUGAUUCAGGAGAUGUUUUCUAGGAGACGUUUAUCACAGUGUCGUUAACAGGAUUUCUUAGAUUAAAUUUCUAUAAUCUGCCCGCUGUAAAUGACAAAUGCCUUUCCCUGACUAAUCUCGAAUGGCUUUAUUUUAUUGUUUAUUAUUUUUUUGUGGUGUCUUUCGCCACUUAAAAACAAUUGCACAUUCACGAGUUUCAUAUUUUGUGCAGUAAUAAAAAAAAAUCAAACAACUUCGGAAGAGUUAAUAAAAUAAAGCCAUGCAAUUUAAUGCGACACACAGUUUUUUUUUUGCAUUUGUUGACCUACCUGCCUUUAACUUUCUGAUUAUUGAGACGUCCGAGUUAUCACUGAUCUCUGACCUGCAAAGGGUUAACACCGUUUUCCUUGUUUCAAAAAUUCAUUGAACCAUAAGAAACAUUCUUGUUUUUUUUUUAAAAAUCUGCUUUGUCAGAAACCUGCACCUUGAAUGAAAAGGCACUUUAAUCAAAUAUUUUUAACUUUCCAAAAAAUCUUUUUAAUCAAUUAUUCCCCCUCCCCCAUUUUUAGCAAUUUUUAAGCAAUUUUUCAGCAAUUUAUUAUUUUUUAACCACCCUUCAUAAAACAAAUGAGGCAUAAUAAAGGUGUGUGUGGGCAGUGGCUCAAGACAGAGUAUAAUAAGACGUGACUGGUAUAUAAACAAUUAUAAUAGACAAUCCAUUCUGUCUGCAGUUGUACGAUGUACUUGUGAAUUUACCCCUGUUUUUGCACAUUACACAGUAGGCAAACCAGAUGCAGGAUGUCAGAUUGCCAUAUAUUAUAGCACUGUAUAUAUCUCAGCAACUUUUCCUUGACAAUGGUUUUAGUUUUUCAGUAACCAUUGUAUAUAUUGGUACACUUCAGAAUUAAUUAGGCACAGUUUAAUAUAGUCAUAAUGAUUUCUGUGCCUCCCCCUUAAGUAAAGGUGCUGAUAACAUUGUUUAGAAGGAUCUCCUUAUGCGUUCUUUGAAUCCAGGCCACUAAGCAGAGUAGAAUGACAGAAUGUUUCAUAUAUAGAGUCAGAUAGAUGUAUCUGUCAGUUUGUCAGUGGGAGAUGCACCAUCCAUUGCAGAUUUGCACCUUUUCAUAAUAUAUGGUGCUUUUUUUUUUUUUUUUGCUUUUUUUUUUUUAAAUGCAACGCUAUAUAUUUUUUGCAUUUUAGCAUAUAUUAUAGACAUUUUAGAUCAAAACAGAAAUCUGUUUCAAUCUGAUUUUAGAAAAUUAUUAUUAAGGUUUUACAUUGAGCGUGUGUUACACAUAAAGGCUUGGAGUAAUUUUUUCUAUUCCUUUGCAUAGUGUAAGUGUUUUUUGUAAUAAAAUCCUACUUUUAAGAACAUUACAAUGAAUAUCAGAAUAUGAAUUGCAUCUAUUUGCUUGCCUUAAGCUUCGUAUUAAUAUUUACAUAUUUUGUGAAUAGAUCCUUCACCUGCGUUAAGAGCUGUAGAAUUACUUGGAGAUCUCUAAAGCUUUUUGUCAUUUUCUUUUUAUUUUGUUCAAUUUAAUGCAGGAUUUUUGUGUUAGAAGCAACACACAUAUCACAAUCCAAGUAUGUAUAUUAUUGUUUUUUUUUUCAAUUUAUCACUAUAUUACAUAGUGCUGGUCUGCUAGUAUCUUUCAUUCCUUGCACAUAAUGAUUAAAUCACAAUCUUGCAGAUAUUAAAUGAUACUUUAUUUGGUUAAUUUACUCAUUGUGCUCUUUCUUCCCUGAAGAGCUUGCAUUCUAGGUCUCGCACAAACUGCCUGCUGCAGUAACGGAUAAUUUUUAUCAUUAUUUUAAAAUAUUUCUGCAGGAUUUACAUUGCUAGAACAGUGUUUAUUGGGUGUUAUGCCAAUUAAUCUUUAUUUAUUUUUCAUUUCUUAGCUCCUAACGACAUGUUUUUGUUUAGGUUUUCCGGUUGCGGAUUUAAACAAAACCACAAAAAAAAAAGAACUUUCAAAGUAUUGAAUUCAUGUCAUUUUUGCAAAAGUCUUUUAAAAAACUUGCUUUUUCUAGAUAGAACAGUACAAACGUUUUUAUAUGAAUUCUAUGUUUGUGAGCACUGCUAAAUUUAUAAAUUCUUUACACCCCUUGAACAGCCUUAAAGAACACAAUGCGUGCUUAGCUAUUUACAAACAAAGCGAUACGUUACACGCAAUGUUUACUGUAUUAUUUACAAGCACAGCAAUUUGUGAAACCAGUGACAUCAAAUAUUUUUGUAUGGAACAGUUCAUAAGACGAAGGACGACACUUCAUCAUUUCUAAGGGUCAAUUGAAAAUGAUGCUGUUUUUAAAAUCCUCCAGGGGCGUACUCAUGAAAAAGUGAACUGUGGUGGGUUGAUAAUAAACUUGUAAGGUUUAGGCCAAAACAAUUGAAUAAAAUCUCCAAAUUAGCUAAUAUGGUAAUUUUUUUUCUCUCCAAUUCACCAAAAUUUUGCAACGCACUACAAUUCAGUGCUAAGUGGAUACACCCCUUUAAGAUUUAUUCAUUUUAUCUAAAACAUUUCAAACUUGCAAACUAGCCUUUUUAUAUAUAAAGCUGUGCAAAAGGACCUUAUCAGUAUCUUAAUCAGUAAGAUUUGAGGGCUGAUUUACUAAUGUGAGAAUUCAAAGUGAAUUUAACAUUUUAGGUUAAAAUAGUUAAAUUGGGAAAAUUCUCUAAGUUAGCGAUGCUUUCAGCUCGGCUACUCUGGCCUUGAAUUUGACAUUUACUUUGAAUUCACUUUGAAAUCUAUCUGUAGUAAAUAGCCCUGUUAGUUUCACUCUACGAGAUAGAUGGUGAAUUCACAAACGGUACAUUUUGCUCUAUAAGUGACACUCAGUAUGUCCCAAUUUGAAUGCCGGAAACACCCCCCACUACUGCUUUCAGCACCUGUUUAGCAACAGUGUAAUCUUACAGAUAUCUUGAGUUCCGGUAGGAAAGGAAGAAACUAGGCUGUUUAGCAGUUUCAGACCAGAGCUAAUGUGCAAUCAAUGUGCAGUACCAGAGAGGAAGUAAAUCUGCCCUAAAUCUGUCAAAGAAGAAUAUAUUAUAUAUCAUUUCAUGUGUCUUUUUAUCACAUGUGGGUCUUCUUUUCAUUAAUGUCUCAAUGUGCCCCAGAAUUGCAAAACACAUAGAAACCCCCCCAAAGUGCAAUCUGAAUGAUCAAUAAAAAUUAGCAUUUCAGGAUGAAAUUUGGAGAUUGGCCCUGAAUGUGCAAAUUAAUAUUAUAGCAAUUCUGCAUCUGCUAAAAAAAAAAAAAAACUGACCAAAAUACUUGAAUUUCUUAGAACGUUAGGAGUGUGGACAUUGGUGAAAUUCCUUUUGUACCCCCAGAAUAGUCUCUAGGUUUGGAAUCUAGGGGGAGAUUAACGGCCCUGUAUAUCAGUAUAUGUGUUAUACUCCAUAUACUACGGUAUAAUUUCAAUCACCAUAUACUGCUGAAUUAUUUCUAUCACUUUAUACUGCUGUAUACUUUCUAUCACUUUAUACUGCUUUAUCAUUUCUAUCACUUUAUACUGCUGUAUACUUUCUAUCACUUUAUACUGCUGUAUCAUUUCUAUCACCAUAUACUGGUGUGUGUAUAUAGGUCUGUCAGGUUCUAUCACCAUCUACUGGUGUGUAUAUAGGUAUAGCAAGUUAUAUAAUAUCCCAUUAAUGUAUGGAUACAUUUGUCAGACUAUAUGUAUAAGUAUGUCCGGAUCUAUCACUGCCUGCUUGUUUAUGUAUAGGUAUGUCGUAGUCAGUCACCAUAUAUUGGUGCAUGUAUAGUUGUAUAUUAGUGUCACGAUCUGUGAGUGUCUAUUGGUGGAUCCAUAAGUUUGCCAGUGAAUAUCACCUUCUGUUGGUGGAACUAUCAUGGUGACUAGGCUUUGUUACCACAUUGCUGAAUAUAGUGGAAUGUCUAGCACUAUCACCACCUAUUGUUAAUAUUGUGGAAUAUCAGGCUCUCUCUCACGCCACUUGGUGUAUGUAUUUUACCUCAGACUCUAUCACUAUCGGCAGAGGGGUUGUUCUGUAUGCCAGGCUUUAUUAACAUCUAUUGGUAGAUGUAGUGUAUGUCAGGCUCGAUCACUGUCUAUUGGUAGAUGUACUGUAUGUCAGGCUCUAUCAGUAUCUAUUGGUAGAUGCUGUGUAUGUCAGGCUCUAUCAACAUCUAUUGGUAGAUGUAGUGUAUGUCAGGCUCGAUCAACAUCUAUUGGUAGAUGUAGUGUAUGUCAGGCUCGAUCACUGUCUAUUGGUAGAUGUACUGUAUGUCAGGCUCUAUCAGUAUCUAUUGGUAGAUGUACUGUAUGUCAGGCUCUAUCACCAUCUAUUGGUAGAUGUAGUGUAUGUCAGGCUCUAUCAGUAUCUAUUGGUAGAUGUAGUGUAUGUCAGGCUGUAUCAGUAUCUAUUGGUAGAUGUAGUGUAUGUCAGGCUGUAUCAGUAUCUAUUGGUAGAUGUAGUGUAUGUCAGGCUCUAUCAGUAUCUAUUGGUAGAUGUAGUGUAUGUCAGGCUCUAUCAGUAUCUAUUGGUAGAUGUAGUGUAUGUCGGGCUCUGUAGCCAUCUGUUGGUAGAUGUAGUGUAUGUCAGGCUCUAUCAGUAUCUAUUGGUAGAUGUAGUGUAUGUCAGGCUCUGUCCCCAUCUGUUGGUAGAUGUAGUGUAUGUCAGGCUCUAUCAGUAUCUAUUGGUAGAUGUAGCGUAUGUCAGGCUCGAUCACUGUCUAUUGGUAGAUGUAGUGUAUGUCAGGCUCUAUCAGUAUCUAUUGGUAGAUGUAGUGUAUGUCAGGCUCUAUCAGUAUCUAUUGGUAGAUGUAGUGUAUGUCAGGCUCGAUCACUGUCUAUUGGUAGAUGUACUGUAUGUCAGGCUCUAUCAGUAUCUAUUGGUAGAUGUAGUGUAUGUCAGGGUCUAUCAACAUCUAUUGGUAGAUGUAGUGUAUGCCAGGGUCUAUCAACAUCUAUUGGUAGAUGUAGUGUAUGUCAGGCUCUUACAACAUCUAUUGGUAGAUGUAGUGUAUGUCAGGCUCUGUCCCCAUCUGUUGGUAGAUGUAGUGUAUGUCAGGCUCUAUCAGUAUCUAUUGGUAGAUGUAGUGUAUGUCAGGCUCUAUCGGUAUCUAUUGGUAGAUGUAGUGUAUGUCAGGCUCUAUCAACAUCUAUUGGUAGAUGUACUGUAUGUCAGGCUCUAUCAGUAUCUAUUGGUAGAUGUAGUGUAUGUCAGGCUCUAUCACCAUCUAUUGGUAGAUGUAGUAUAUGUCAGGCUCUGUAGCCAUCUGUUGGUAGAUGUAGUGUAUGUCAGGCUCUAUCAACAUCUAUUGGUAGAUGUACUGUAUGUCAGGCUCUGUCCCCAUCUGUUGGUAGAUGUAGUGUAUGUCAGGCUCUAUCAGUAUCUAUUGGUAGAUGUAGUGUAUGUCAGGCUCUAUCAGUAUCUAUUGAUAGAUAUAGUGCAUGUUGGGCUCUAUCAUCAUGUAUUGAUAGAUGUAGUGUAUGUCGGGCUCUAUCAUCAUCUAUUGGUAGAUGUAGUGUAUGUCAGGCUCUAUCAACAUCUAUUGGUAGAUGUAGUGUAUGUCAGGCUCUAUCAGUAUCUAUUGAUAGAUGUAGUGCAUGUUGGGCUCUAUCAUCAUGUAUUGAUAGAUGUAGUGUAUGUCAGGCUCUAUCAGUAUCUAUUGGUAGAUGUAGUGUAUGUCAGGCUCUGUCCCCAUCUGUUGGUAGAUGUAGUGUAUGUCAGGCUCUAUCAGUAUCUAUUCGUAGAUGUAGUGUAUGUCAGGCUCUAUCAGUAUCUAUUGGUAGAUGUACAGUAUGUCAGGCUCUAUAAGUAUCUAUUGAUAGAUGUAGUGCAUGUUGGGCUCUAUCAUCAUGUAUUGGUAGAUGAAGUGUAUGUCAGGCUGUAUCAGUAUCUAUUGGCAGAUAUGGAGGGAUAUCAGGCUCUGUCGCCAUCUGUUGGUAGUUGUAGUGUAUGUCAGGCUCUAUCAGUAUCUAUUGGUAGAUGUAGUGUAUGUCAGGCUCUAUCAGUAUCUAUUGAUAGAUGUAGUAUAUGUCAGACUCUGUAGCCAUCUGUUGGUAGAUGUAGUGUAUGUCAGGCUCUAUCAGUAUCUAUUGAUAGAUGUAGUGCAUGUUGGGCUCUAUCAGUAUCUAUUGGUAGAUGUACUAUUGUGUCAGGCUCCAUCAGUAUCUAUUGGUAGAUGUAGUGUAUGUCAGGCUCUAUCAGUAUCUAUUGGUAGAUGUAGUGCAUGUUGGGCUCUAUCAUCAUGUAUUGGUAGAUGAAGUGUAUGUCAGGCUGUAUCAGUAUCUAUUGGCAGAUAUGGAGGGAUAUCAGGCUCUGUCGCCAACUGUUGGUAGAUGUAGUGUAUGUCAGGCUCUAUCAGUAUCUAUUGGUAGAUGUAGUGUAUGUCAGGCUCCAUCAGUAUCUAUUGGUAGAUGUAUUGUAUGUUGGGCUCUAUCAGUAUCUUUUGGUAGAUGUAGUGUAUGUCAGGCUCUAUCAGUAUCUAUUGGUAGAUGUAGUGUAUGUCAGGCUCUAUCAGUAUCUAUUGGUAGAUGGACUGUAUGUCAGGCUCUAUCAGUAUCUAUUGAUAGAUGUAGUGCAUGUUGGGCUCUAUCAUCAUGUAUUGGUAGAUGUAGUGUAUGUCAGGCUGUAUCAGUAUCUAUUGGCAGAUAUGGAGGUAUUUCAGGCUCUGUCGCCAUCUGUUGGUAGAUGUAGUGUAUGUCAGGCUCUAUCACCAUGUGUUGGGUUGUUGGUCAGUGAGAGUAAGUAUUGUUAUCUCUGGUAGCAUAGAUAAGAGCAUAGCAGGCCCUAUAGAACUGUAUAUAUUAACUAUUUAAUACGCUUAAUGUACCGGUAUAUUUAUAUAUCAAGAUCAUCUAAAUGUAUUUCGUUAUUGCAUACCACAGUACAUCAGUUUAUGAUCCUUGUAGUCUUUGCUGAGACACGAUUCAUUCAAUCAUAAAAAUGGUUUGACACUAAGCAGUGGCCACUCGAGGCACUAUAACCACUUAGAUGAUGGAGUGGCCUUUAAGACUAAUAAAAAAGCACAACUGGAUAAAAUAUCCUGUUUGACUGAAAUGGACUGUGGAACAUCUUAGUUGGCUGGUUCAUUUUAAAAGCUCCUUAUCAGUUUGCUGGAAAUCUGUUUAGUGAAACACUAAAGUAGCCACGUUGUGGAACUAAUUCUGAGCACCAUAACCACUACAGAAAGCUGUAUUAGUCAGGGUGCUUGGUGUGUCCCUUUAAUUUAUCCUGAUGUUAUAAUCAUUAUUAUAAUCAUUAUGUUGUACACUUGGGACAAAUAAAAGAAAUAAAAUACUGUCAGAACAUUAUAAACUACUGGCUAAUCUUUUUAUAGAUUACCAGCAAUCUUCUCAUCUAUAUCUGGGCAAAUGUUCAGAGUGGAUGGAGUGGAUGGAUACAGUCUUCAUGUCUAUUUGGGAGACCAAAGGGAUGUCCAUAGUAAAGUAAUUGUUUUGUCAUCUCUCAGUGGAGACCAGGGAAUAGAAUCUGGAAUUCUACACUCAUUAUAUAUAUAUAUAGAAUUCAGAUUUGUUUUUGGUUUUCAACUCUAGCAGGGGGUGUAUUGCUCAUCAUCAUUUCAGGGAUAACUACUCAACGUCGAAUAGCUGAAAUUCAAGUAAAAUUUGAUGUAAUUGCAUAAUUUCGCGAUUUGAAGGCACAUCCAUCACUUAGCAUAUAAUCCCAGAUGUGUUACUAUAUCAGCACAUCAGUCUGUUGCAGGGGUCAUAAUCAAGUCUCACCACCCUCAGGCAGACAUUUUCAAGACUUAAGCAAUUUAUCUCCACAUAUCUUAAUAAUAAUACAAUGGCAAAAAAAUUUCUUUACUGUAAUUCCAUGAAUUUAAACUGCAUUAUGCCAAUUGUAGCUGUUGCUUCGCUAGUUCGUCUGGGCAGAGGACCAGGGUCCUCCUAACUCAAGAGCUUACAAUCAAGUAAACAACAUGUAUUUGGUGGGACCAAGUGCCUUUUUUUUGGCAUUUGUAAACAUUGUCUCAACAUUUCUUGUGUUUGUUUUCAGACUAACACAAUCAAAUAAAUAUUCCUAAUGAAAAAAAAAAAAAAGAAAAUUAAAAAAUGCCACAACUUGCAAGAAAUCGAGGCUCUGGCACAGCAAAGACUACACAAUGCUUUCAAUUCUUUAUUCUCAACAAGCUGAGUGCUAUGUUUGUUUUACAUGUACAAAAGAAACAUUUUAUGUUUUUGUAUAUAUUUUUUUCUUUUAUAGAAAGUGCCAGUGUAGUUUUGUACAUAAAAUUUAAUGACACCCAGUGCUCUGUAUUAAUACCAGACUCCACACACUGUUUAUAAAUCUAAGCCCCACUUUUCUUGUUUAAUGAUGUGCGUUACAGGCACACUGCGGGCUCCGUGCGUGUACCAUGUUUCAAAAUGUUUAAUCAAGGCCGCAUGCAUGUUCUGCAUCGUACAGAGUAAUAUUGGACAUCUUACCAUUAGAUGUGCAAAAGGAUCUGCCUGUUUUUAGAAGUUAGGCAAGAGAAACAUAUUUGAAAAAACAUAAAUUUUAAAAACUCUAAACGUAAAAAACAUAUUCUUUAACUCUAAUACUAAUACCUAAAUUCUUCUAGUUUUUUAAACAGGACAAUCAUGACCCAUUCUUUCUGGACAUAUUGAUUUGAUUGAUGGAUUUGUAUUCCUUAUUAUCCUCUCAAUGUCUUCUGCAUGUAAUAAUGUAUUUGUUUGUGUUAUGUAUAUUGCCAUGCUAUAACACUGAAUAAAUAUGUUGGCACUGUAUAAAUAAUAAGUAGUAAUAAUAAAAAAUAUUGUACAGAAUAAUACCAGGAGAUCAAAACCUACUGGUAUUAUUUUGUACAAUAUAGGAUGUGUUGAUAGAACCAAAUUAAUGCUCAGGUUAUAUGGACUUAGUGAUACAAUCCCUAUUCGGAAUAUAUUUGUGAUCAACAUCUUAGGUAGGUAGGUAGGUAGGUAGGUAGAUAGAUAGAUAGAUAGAUAGAUAGGUAGGUACAUUGAUGGAUAGAUGGAUAGCUGGAUAGAUUGAUAGAUAGAUGGAUAGAUUGAUAGAUGAUAGAUAAAUGGAUAAAUAGAUUGAUAGACAGAUAGGUAGACUGACAGAUAGAUUUACAGAUAGAUAGAUAGAUAGAUAUCUAGAUAGAUAGAUUGACAGGUAUAUAGAUUGACCGAUAGAAAUCUAGAUAGAUUGACAGGUAGAUUGAUAGGUAGGCAGAUAGAUAGAUUGACAGAUAGAUGGAUGGAUGGAUAAAUAAAUAGAUAAAUCGAUUGACAGAUAGAUAGGUAGACUGACACACAGAUUGACAGAUAGAUAUGUAGGUAGGUAGAUAGAUUGAUUGACAGAUGGAUAAAUAGAUUGAUAGACAGAUAGGUAGAUUGACAGAUAGAUAUGUAGUUAGAUAGAUAGAUAGACUGACAGAUAGAUAGGCAUACACUACCAAGCACUCAAUAAACCCUUCUGUAACAAACUAUUUAAUUCCCCUACUUUAACCCUUUGUCUCACUUUACCCCACUCCCUCUAGCAUGUAAGCUCAUUGAGCAGGGCCCUCAACCCCCUCUGUUCCUGUAUGUCAGUGGUCUGAUCUCAAUUAUGUGUCUGUUAGUCCACCCAUUGUACAGCGCUACGGAAUUUGUUGGCGCUAUAUAAAUAAUAUAAUAAUAAUAAUAAUAAUACACAUUACUUUUACCUUUAAAAACGUAACAUAUUUAUUAAUUAUUUUUCCAGAUUAAAUUAAUUCUGCAAGUUAGUUAUCAACUCAUGGCAAUCUCCUAUUAAUAAAUAAAUUGCUGUACAAUUCACAAGGCAGAAGGUAGAUAUCAGAACGUGGCAAGUAUCGCUUUAAUGAUUUGUUUCUGUGCCCUUCUAUGAAACCAGUGGUGAGGGGCCUGGUUUAAUAAAUCCCUUCAAUUUUACACCAGUAACAUUUAAUGGAGAAAUUGUGAAAGAAAUGGCAUAUAUGUGAUACUUUGUGCAUUCAUUGCAUCCUGUUUCACACUUGCCUGCUGUAUCUGCGACAGUCAGUGACAGACCUGCUGGAACAAGGACCAGGCGAUAUUAAAUGUUCAUUUCAUUUAUUGUAGCAGGAAGUAUAAAACGUUGCAUGUGUUUUCAGGAGCUUGUACAAAUAUUUCCACAUACUUACAUUUUAAGGGCAAAGCAUUUGGUUUAUAACAUUCAAUCUUGAUUUUUUUUUUUUGUUCUCUAUUGGGCCUGCUGGCUAUUUGAUUAAGGGGCCUAUUAACUAAACAGCAACUCGUGUUAUGUUUCUUAGCUUGCAAUAUAAAACGAUAACAUAGCAGAAUUAGAAGAAACACCAUAUAUUUUGUCCUAAGUAGGGAAAUAUGAAAAAUCUGCAUUUUUUUUCCAGUGAAAUAACUCUUUCAUUUAAAUAUAUUUAACUCUUUCAGAGCUGCAAUACAUUUUGAUGUAAAACGUUCCAUAAUAUUAUUUAUAAGCAAUGUAUUUUGCAGAUCUAUUAGUUUCAAUGAAUCGCAGUCCUGGGUAGAAAAUUAUUUAUUUAUUCAGUGAAAAUUAUGCCCAUGGACCAUUUGGUCUUGUUUUGAUAAAAAAAUUUUUUUUUUGAGUAUAAAUAAUUGAGAUGAAUUUAUUAUAGCAUUUUACGUGCCUGUAUUCUUAAACAGAACAUUUUGACCUAAAUUAUGUAAAACAGGGGUACCCACAAGGUAGAUUCCCAGAUGUUUUAAAGCUACAGCUUCCAUGAGGCUCUGUCAAUCGAAAUAAAUUCUACAGGCAUGCAAAGCAUCAUGGGAGUUGUAGUUCUACAUCAUACCUUUUGGGCAGCCCUGAUAUAGAAUAAAUGCUAUUAAGCUGGGCCCGGCUUAACGUGGCCCUGCUACUGUUACAUGUCCUCAGUGUGAGUGUCCUCUAAAACAUAGGGGGAUAUACAUAAAGUCAUUCCAUUCACUUGCAUGUUUUGUGCCAGUUUCUGCGCAUGCUCCAUAAACCUGUUAACCCACCUUUACACACUCAUGCUUCUUUUCUGCCUUUUCUGAAGUGCACAAUAAUCUGUCCAUCUGCUACUUUUAAUUCCUUUUUCAUAUUUUUCUUGUUUUUAUAUCAUGAUGAUUUACACUUUAAUUACUUUCACAAAUUAAGAUAAACACAUACUAUUACUAUGGUGGGAGGGGGGGUGAGGGGGAAGCGCAGUUUGUAGUUUGAAGGGUUUUUUUUUUAUAUAAAAAGAAGAGCGAGAGAACUCAUCCAUCUGACAGAGUCAUAAAAUUUGGUCUUAUAGGGAUUGGCAGUGACAAAUUAGUGAACUAUGAGACCUAGAACCGAUAUAGAGCAGGAAAGUAAAAUGACAGGAGAGGCAAACACCCCCCAAAAAAACUAAACAUUUUGCUGCAAAUAAGAGAAUACAUACUCAGAAAUAGGAAAAGUAACAGAAAAAAAAACCGAAUGAAAAGUGAUCAUCACACUUUCUAUACAAAACCCCCAUUGUGAUGAAUCUGUGUUCUACUAAAACCCAUACAAGGUAUGCUGAGAAUAAAGAAUGGUUAGCCAGCUCCAAAGUUCUCACCCAGGUCAGUGACUCACACCUUCCGGUGGUCAGUGAUGUCAGCCAUACUGUCUGCUCGUUGAAUACUUAACAAGGCUUCUGUCUCACAUACUGCCCCAUGAAUUUACAUUUGUGGUCGUUUGACGCCAGCUUGCCCUCUGCUUGCACAGCGCCCUCUUCACUUAACUGUUACCGUAUCCCAUACAUGUUUUGUUAAAAUUAAACAUUUAUCCUGGUUUAAUUAUUGUACAGCGCUGCAGAAUAUGUUGGUGCUACAUAAAUAAUUGUAAUUGUUUCACAUACUGUCCCAUGAUUAGUGUCACCACAUCAGAUGCAUACAGCACCAUAGCACAGAAAUAGUCAAAUUACAGAUUUUUUUUAACUCUUCCUUUCUCUGUAACUCUAAAUAUCUGUGGUGCGUUAUCUUAGCUAUGAAAAAAAUAAAAAUUGAACAAAGACAGGGUUAUUUAUUAAAGCAAGAAUUCAAAGUGAAUUUCAUAUUUGAGGCCAGAAAAAGUGAAAGGUAGGCAUAUCUGGCUGAUAUUUCACAGUUUGGCUAGUUUAGUCUUUGAUUUUGAGAUUAACUUUGAAUUUUUAGUUUAGUGACUAGCCUUGAGAGUAACAUAAGGCGAAAUUGCCUUAUUAAAGUCGCAACACAUCAUUCACAUAACAACAAAUUAAAAACAGAUUUGUUUUAAGACCCAGACACUGUGCAAGAUGCAAGAUUAGCGCCUCUCUCCUUACACACACAUUCUCAUUGUAAAUUAGUGGUUUAUAGAGAGAAGGAUGGAUGAGAAGAAAGAGGUAAGUAGUUAUGGUACUUUACCACUUGCUGGGCUCAAUGCGCAGUCAACUACACUCCACAAGUUCAUUAGGCAGUCUCCUAGUUUGAUUUAUUGGUUAGUCCAGCUCCAAACUGUAGGUAAAUUGUGACAGUUUACUGAUAUAAAGGGUUAACAAAACUGCAUAAUGGCAUUCUGUACAAGGUUAUUCAGUAAAAAAAAUUCAAAGUGAAAUUUUAACAUUUUAUACCAAAGUUGCUAAACUGGAGAAUUCAUCCAGUUCAGUUCUUUUGGCCUUAGUGGGACACUAUAGUCACUAGAACAACUACAUAUUAUUGUAUGUGUUCUGGUGCGUAUAAUCAUACCCUUCAGGCUUUUUGCAGUAAACAUGGUCUUUUCAGAGAAAAUGCAGUGUUUACAUUACAGCCUAGGUUGCUAGAGGUGCUUCCUGGGGCAGUGCUGCACAAUGAGCAGCACUGCCAUUGUGUUUCUUCACCCUCUGCACGGAGACACUACACUUUCCUCAUAGAGAUGCAUUGAUUCAAUUCAUCUCUAUUAAGGAGAUGCUGAUUGGCCAGGGCUGUGACUUGUGCUGGCUCUGCCCCUGAUCUGCCUCCUUGACAGUCUCAGCCAAUCCUAUGGGGAAGCAUUGUGAUUGAGUGAUAAUGAAACAAUUUUUUUCAUGCAGGCUGUGUCAUUCACAGCAAGGAGAGGUGCGGCUAGGGCUGCUUAAACAGAAAUAAAAGUGAUUUAACUCCUACAUGGCAGAGAAUUGAGCAAUGAAACCACAGUGGCACAAUCUAUACAGGAAAACUGCUUUAUUAGGGUAAAGUUGUUUUGAUGCCUAUACAGGGCCGGUGCAAGGAUUUUUGCCCCCCGAUGCCAUAUGGGCCAACGCCAGUCUUCACAAAGUGUCUUUUAUCUGAAAAGACAGAGUGUUUACAUUAAAAAGCCUACAGGCACAGGCUAUAGACACCAGAACCACUACAUUAAGCUGUAGUGGUUCUGGUGACUAUAGUAUCCAUUUAAUGUGAGGUAAAUUAGAGAUUAGUGCCACUAAUAAUUAGUAUUGGAUUGCCUACUUACCACCAGAUGAGGACAAGAGGCUGAUGAUGGGCUCAGUCUGGCUCCACAGGUUUGGUGUAGAACAGGAAGCAGCGCCAUUUUUUGGGGCCCCUUACACAGCUCAAGGUCUGGGCCCCCAGGGCUUGACCGUGACUAUGCCUACAAUGCCCACCCAUAAAUCCACCUACAUGGCCCACCCAUGAGUUCUCUCACAGGAAGUGGAGUGUAUGUGUGUAAGGGAUGUUUUAUGUGUUAUUGUAGAGGAUGCAAUCUGUGUGUGUUCUUAUAGAAUGUAGUGUAUAGGGAUACCAAUUUGUGUAAGGGAUGUAGUGUGUGUAUAGUGGAUGCAGUGUGUGUUUGUGUGUAAGGAAUGCAUUGUAUGUUUCUGGGUGUGUGUGGGUGUGUGUGUGUAAGGGGUGCAAGGUGUGUUUCUGUGUAUGUAUCUGAAUGCAGUGUGUGUCGGUAAGGGGUGCAUUGAGUGUGUAAGAAAUGCAUUUUGUUUCUGUGUGUAAGAGAAUGAGUGUUUGUGUGAGCGUAAGGGAUGCAUUGUGUGUUUCGGGUGUGUCUGUGUGUGAGUAGGGAUGCAUUGUAUGUUUCUGUGUGUGUGUGUGUGUGUGUGUGUGUGGGGAUAAAUUGUGUAUGUGUGUAGUGUAAAAGAGAGGGUUUGUGGGGUAGGAUAGGGACUGAGAGGGGAGCAGCUCUUUAUUUUGUUAAAAAAAUUUCAUAGUGCUCUCCCCUCCUGUCAAUUAGUGUUCUCCCUUUCUGUCCCUUAGUGCUCUCCCUUGGCCCCCUGUCCCUCUGCAGUCCCCCCUUGGUGGUCUCCUCAAUCCCCCAUCUCCCUCUUAGUGGUCCUCCCUCCCUUCCUCCAUCCCUCCCUCCCUCAGUGGUCCUCCCUCCCCCCUUUGGUGGUCCUUCUCCUCUCCCCCCUUAGUGGUCCUCCCUCUGGCAAACCCCUAGUUGACCUUCCCCCCUCCUCCCUCAGUGGUCCUUACUCUCCCCCUCCUCCCCCAGUGAUCCUUACUCCCCCCCCUCCUCCCCCAGUGGUCUUUAGUAUCCCCCCUCCUCCCCAGUGAUCCUUAGUGUCCCCUCCCCCUCCUCCCCCAGUGGUCCUUAAGUGGUCCUAACCCUCCUCUUCCCUCCUGCCAAUGUAGCGUGGCCGGGCGGCGCAGAACGCGGGACAGGAACCUCUGUUUUCUGUACCUGGUCGCCGGCGGAAUGACAGGAAGUGAGCACUUCCUGUCAGUCCGCCGGCGGCCGGGUACAGGAAACAGGGGUUCCUGUCCCGCGUUCCGCGCCGCCCGGCCACGCUACAUUGAGAGAACGGCAGGAGGGAGUGCUCUGCGCUUCCCUCCUGCCGAUUGCUCAAAUCUGCCCUCCAUACAGCAGUGCUGCGCCGCAGCGGUGAUUCCAGGUGCAGAAAUCUGGCGCCCCCUGCUACGUUGCGCCCUAGGCGGUUGCCUAGGUCGCCUUACAGGUAGUGCCGGCCCUGUGCCUAUAGUAUCCCUUAUAUGUAGCAGCAAAUGCUACAAAUGCUGCUUCCAACAGAUAUGAAAGGAUGCCAAGUCCAUUUGUAGUAAGUAUCUCUUUGAGGGGUAAGUAUAUCUACACUUGUCAAAACAGUCACAUCGGGAAAACAAAAUCUCUGUUUUAGGAAUUUCUCCAGCUCGACUAGUUUAAUGUAAACCAAGCUUUACCCUAGUCAAUUCAACACAAACGCCUGUUUGGUGAAUAUAAUGUAUAGGUUAUAUAUAUAUAUUGACAUGAGGGUGACCUUUUCAUUGACAUGUUCUGUGGGUGAGAGUAUUACUUGAAUUGUAUUUUCCUCACUAUUAUAACAAUAUCAAUAAUUUCCUUCUCAUCUAACAAACCGCUUGCACUGCGCGACCACCAGAAUUAGAAAACAAAAUCCAUUUGCCUUCUCACCCCACCGAGAAACACUGAUUUAUCGGGUUCCUGCAUUGCAAUGUAAGAGAAAUGGUUUUGAUUUGUACGGAGAGUGUGUCUACUGUGUUGGAGUGAAUAAUAUCUGGAAUUGGUUUGCAGGGAUGCUGCCCCUGUUAAGAUCACGUUGAGCCUGCAAGAAAUGAGCGUCUAUCUGUUAUGUUUGUGAGCAGAUUCGGAGAUAGAUUAUGCCCACAGCAGUGGCCAAGAAGGGAUAUCUCUGAUUGAUGUGGAAGUGAAACUCCUAUGACGUCACACUUUGCUGUUUUUUAGCUUUUUAAUCUCGAUUUAAAUUUUCACUGAUGUACCUGUUUUUUAAGUAUAACACAGUCUUUCUAUCAACGCGGCUAAUUUAGUUGCUUUUGAUGGCUUUAUGUGCGCUGAUCCAUUUUGAACAAUGCAAAUGUAUUUAUAUUUUACAUUUUUUUUUUCUGUAAAUGUCAGCAUGGUGAAAAAAUGUCAAGUUGAUUUCAAGUUCAUAUAGUGCAGUGCUCCCCAGGGUCAUUAACAGGUUGGACAAAAAAUACAAAGUGAUCUGUGUAAAGGCGCUUAUAUACUUAAAUAUUAAAGAUUAGCAGCUACCACAAAUGGUGAGUAUCUCCUUUACAACACACGCUAUAGAGUAAGUGGAUGUAGGGAAACUGAGUGGAAACCAGUUACCACCAGCGAUAGUAGUAUAGCGCUAAAAACGUCACUUACAUAAUUAAUAUACAGCAAUUUUGGAAUGAAUAUACAGCAGUUUGCUAGAUGAAUAGGAAAACACAAUAUAUUGUAGUAUGGUAGUAUUUUAGAAAAAGCCAAUCUGAGUGUAAAUAUAAUCGCUAUGCACUCACAUGGGUUAGAGCCAUAGAACAUAUAUAUCUAUAGCUCACAUUGAGCCACUAUGGACAAAGACUGAAGAGGGCCUGUGUCCCCUUAGAACACAUCUGCUUGUGAGAUCUGAGCCUGUCCUUUUCUGGCUCAAACCCAUGUGAGUGCAUAUCGAUUAUAUUAACAAUCACAUUGGCUUUAUCUAAAAUACUACACUAUAUUGUGUUUUCCUAUUUAUCUAGCAAACUGCUGUAUAUUCAUUCCAAAAUUGCUGCAUAUUAAUUACGUAAGUGAAAUUUUUUUGCUCUCCACUACCAUCACUGGUUUCCACUCAGUUUCUCUACAUCCACUCAUUAACAGGUUAGUUAUCAUGAUAUCAUAAUAAUAUAUCUUCUUUAGCACCGGUUAUUCAGUCAAUGGUUCAGCCAAUACUCAUUGUCAUUGUCACUAGGAUAACUGUGUAUCACAAGGGACAUACUCAAAUCCAGGCCUGCUCCUGGGGCAGAUUUUAAGGUUCUGGGGAACUUGUUCCCCUACAAUGCCACAUACAAGGUUGCCUAGGUAUGUCUGAGACUUGGAGCAUGGUGGUGUCGGGGGUUGGUGUCCAGGCAAAGGCCGUUAAGAAGAUCUAAAGCUCUUGAUUUCAGUUGUAGUGGUGAGUCGUUCCUGGUGGAAUAUAGAGAUACUUGAGGGUGGAGACUAGGGGUUAGAGUGAAUGUGGGGAUGAAGAAGACCGUGGAAAAUCGAGACAAAGUGCGAUAUUAUGGGUGUAAACCUUUUGAAAUUUAAAGUGAAGAUGAGAUAGGAAGGGAGACACCGAGGAGGUGGUUGGACACUAUUUGAGGGUGUGGGAUGGAUGCUCCUGAAAAGUUAAGAAUUGUGGAUUUAAAUCUGCAGGAAGUGGUUUGACUUUGCACUAUUAAUUACCUACAGAAUCUUGAAGGUACCUUCUGCCUUCUAAGACUGAGAACUAUAACCAGCUCGCCCUAAUCUGGCUAAAACAGACUAUAUUAUGCCUAGUUUUAUCCAGGUCUGUAAUCACUUACACGUAUACUUCAUUUCACAAAGACUGUCAUAUUCCCAUUAAAAUAAUAUUUUAGAAAACUUUAUCAGAAUUCCCUUUUGGGUUAAUUUUUAGUGAAUAGCAACUUUUCUUAUAAGACAGUUAUUUCAAUCCCUGUUACGCAAGUCAGUGAAUAAAUGUCGCAUUGAGAUUUCCUAAGCUGCACCUCUGCAAACAUAACUUUGCAAAAUGAUUUUUUUUUUUCGUUUUGAAUUUUGCAGCUUCAAUAAUUUAAUUUAUCUUUUUUUUUUCUAAAUCUGAUUUCUGCUCCUUUCUAACUUUUUACUAUUUGUACUAUUUUUACUAUUUAGAUCUACCUAAAUUUUCUUUAACGCAAUAAAAUAAAGAUUGUUUUGUGUAGACAUUGGCAAGUUGACAAGACAUACUUAUUUUUUUUAAUUCCUCUCUUUUCCAUAUUUAUCUAACCUUUUUUAUGAAAUGGGUGACGUAUGGUAAAGUGGGGUUAACACGCUCUGAGAGUCUCUUAAACAGGCAACUCAGAUAUAUUAAUACAUUUGACAUUUAAGUAACAUGUAUUCAUAUUUAAGAGUACAAGGAGGCCCUAACAAACCACUUUAUCAGUGUGAUUGGUCUGACAAAUUGGGUUUCGUAAUCAGCCACGUCUAUUUACAGACAUUACAGAAAGAUUUUUAUAGUACAAAAAAAAAAUAUGGAAAUCCACACUCCUGCAGAUUAAAGUAUUUUAAUAAUAUAAAGUAAAAAUUUUUAGAUGCAAAGUAAAUAAUAUACGUGACACUUAAUUGUGCGAUUGACACAUUUUGUAUAUAUAUAUUUUUUUAAUUGGGUCUACUAAAUAUUGUAAAAUAACAUAAUUGCCAUUUCUUAAUACUGCAGUGAAAAUAUUUUGCUGAAUUUUUACAUAGUCCUGUUUUGUUUUAAAAAAAAAAAGACUUUUAAAAGUUGUUGUACUACCAGGCAUCGUAGCCUAUAUGCAUAGAGUCUGGUAUUGUUUUAAAUAUGACCUGUACAUAUUAUAUAUAUAUAUAACUUUAACAAUUAUUAAUAACAGAGCCUCGGUUUAAAAUACAGGAAAGCAGUUUAUGAUGUUAUAGGUAUUAAAAUGAAGCCUGGUCACAUUAAUGAACAAUAGUAAAAUACAUAGAAAAAUAUAAACAAAACAGACCCUUGUGCCUUAAUGUUUGUAAAAAUUCAAUGUUUUACAAUGAAAUAUGACAUUUUCCAAAUUAAACUGAAAUGAUGCAAACAAGUCACGGAAGAGAUCAUUAAAGUUCCCUACUGAAUGGAAUGGGUUAAUCCUUUAUGUUUUAGUCUAAUUAAAUAUGUAACAGGCAAUUAGUUUUAACAGAUUUCUAGACUUCUUCCUUAAGCUAUACUUGUUAAUAUAUUAUGUUUGCAUGCUGAAUUUAUACCGGAAAACAAGUGCUACGAUAAUUUUUUUUUUUACUAGUAUUUAAUAACCAUAAGCACAAGUCAGAAGAGCAAUACUGAUAUAAACUAAAUGGGGAUUAUUUGUUAAACUUGGCGUUGAGCAGAAUUGACUAGGGAAUUUAAAUUUUACUCUAAUUUAUCCAAGCUAAAAUAGCCAGGUUCUGAAAAUUUUACCUAUAUGAGAAUUUUCCUUUAGAAUUUGUAAUUUUCUCAUCAGAUCCCAACAAUUCCUUUUUUACAGCGUUAUUUAAUAAACUUAGAAUUCAAAAUGGCCAAAUAUUUAAGGCCAAAGUAGUUGUAUUGAAAGAAUAGCUGACUUAGAUAAUUUUUGCAGUUGGUUUAUUUAGAAUUUUACUUUGAAUUGUCACUUAACGGAAUAAUCCUGUAAGUGAGUAAACAUUUAAUGUCGACAUGGUGUCACGGUAUCACUGGACAUAGCAUCACGCAAGCAAUCUGUUUCUUCUUAAAUCUAGGAUGGUAGAAUGUGAAAUGUGAAUAAUCUACCCAGAACUACAGUAUAAUAUUUUGGCCAAACUGCGCAUGCACCGAGUAAGAUUUCUUUAUGAAAUUAGCUCAUGCGAACAUAUUUGUAGUGCAUCUCUCCUAAAAUUGGGCAAAGACAGCCUGGGAUGCUGCAUGUUAACACGGACAACAUGAUCACUAGUACGUGUACUUACAUUUAUUGUACCACUCAGCCAUAGGUACUCACACUGAGUGCCCAUUUCCACGUGCCAGUGAUUUUUGCUCGUAGCAGGAGAACCUUGAUGCCAGAAAAAUCAUCUUGGAUAUAUAUGUAAAUCAUAGCAUGUUUUAUAGACGAGAUGGCAUGGUAUUCAAGUAAUUGGUAGCUUGUCAGUGUGCAAUGUGGGUAUCAUGGUGUCAUGUAAAGGAUGUCUGUGUGGCAUGGGUACAUAUGGGUGCCACCUGGCUUGUGAAAUAUUAAUAGAAUAAAAGAUUCUCCCCCAUAGAGUUUAGAUCCCAAGUUUUUGGGUGGGUUCGAGGCCCAGACCACCAUUUUAAGGCUGGUUUAAUUAAGCAUGCUUUAAAAAAAAAAAAAUAUAUAUAUAUAUAUUAAAUUACAGGGCAUUAUUAAUUUUUUACUUUACAUUAAUCCGUUUUCCUUUCCUCAAAAUUCAUUAUGUUUGUGGCAUGCAUUCAACACAUAACUCCUUGUCACACCAUCUUCUCUGUCAAAAUACCUUCUGCCAGUGGAGUCCUGCACCAGUUACGCAGGUUGAAACGUACACCGCAUGCAAUAGGGUGUCUGACGGUGAAUAUAAUAAAAACAUUGGUAACAAAAUGUUAUUAUUGGCUCUGUAAAAGUAAAGCUGUUUUUAGGUCAUAGGUCAUAAAAAAGAUACCUCUCUAAACCAUUCUCAAAGUAGCUCAUUGUGCAAAAGAGCUGAUGAAGACGUCAAAAAACCCAACGUCACAUUAAUUCCAGGCAUCAUAUUUACACAGGUGGUUGCCCUGGGAGAAGUGCCGGAUGGCUCUGUGGUCACAGUCAUGGCUGGGAACGAUGAAAACUAUUCGGCGGAACUCAGAAACGCUUCUGCAGUCAUGAAAAAUCAAGUGGCGAGGUUUAACGAUCUGAGAUUUGUAGGAAGAAGUGGAAGAGGUAAGGCCUAGUCUUGCAACACCUGCUUUAAAGGGAUAGGCGGGUCAAAUGGGUUAGAUAAACUGCUUACAUGAUAGAAUAGGCGAUAGAAUAUUUUCUCUCUUAAAGUGGCACUGUCACCAAUAAUGCGUUUUUAUCUAAUGUGUUGCAAUAUAGCUUCCUGUGUUUGAAUCUAUUUUUAUUUUUUUCCCUGAGUGCUCCAGUGUUUGUAAGGACAUGGAGACUACUUUUCCUCAUGUAUAGCAGUCAAGUUGACAAACCCUGACAAAAGUCAGAGAUCGAGCAAGGUUUUUUUAAAGUUUUCUUAAAUCUAAUUUAACCACAAUCCGUCAGUAAAAUCAAUCCCACAGAAAGUAAAACUGCAGAUAUUACGGGCCGGGGGAAAACAAAAUGGUUGCCCUCAGAUAUUGAUAUCCUGCACAAGGAAGAACGAUAAAUGUAGAUAAAGGCAACGAUAAAUGUAGAUAAAUGUACAAUCCUUGAGAUCCAAGUGACAUUAGAAAACAAAAGCCAAGAGAGAAAAAAACAAUGACAGGGCCAUUUUAAUUCAGAAUUUUCAGCAUAGCAGCGGCUUACUUUUCCAUCCAGGUUUCAUUUUAGCUUUGAUAUUUUCUUGUGAUUCACCAGACAGCCAUGGUGAUGGUGUCCUCUUUAUUUAUUAAUUUUUUUUUGCUGAGGUUCCUUCUACACAUACAUGAUGCAUUCGCAGGUGACAUCAUCACCAUGACGUCACUAAGCAUUGUGGAAAAAAACCACCAUCAUACAAUGGCCUCAAAGUUAAGUAACUUUUCCAAAUGAUUCUGUUCUGUUUUAAAAAAAAUUCCAAAUGAAUUAUCUGCAAAUAUUUAAAAUGGUAAAAUAUUUGAUAAAUAAACAAAUAAAUUAAAUUAAAUAUUCCAUAGACAUUAAUUGUGACUAAUGCAGAUAAAUCAUUUCUUAAGUUUUUCUAACAGUGUUGAGAAAUAUAGAAAUCUUAUUAAAUUGAGGCCAGUGGCUUUGCAUUUGUUUUUAGGGCCAUCAGAGACUUGUAAAGGUAACGUGGGACAUUGCGGCUGCUCUACUAGUGAACACUAACUAAAAGAAAGCAGUGACUGUUUUAUAUUACUGCUUUCACGAGUUAUUGUUGUCUUAUAAUCUAUUUAUCUAACCAAUGACCUAUUUUGACCACAGUGUGCGCUGUAAAGGUUUGUGAUAUUUAUUGCACUAGCGUAGAGUCCGUUUGCGGUGUAUCCAAAAAUCACCUUUUUUCUAUUGAUGAAUGAAAAUUGCGUAUCGAUGGUUGCAAGCAUUAGGCUGGUCUUGCAUCAUCAGAUAUGUGUAUGAUAUUAAUCUUAGGUGCCACACUUGCAAUGUGUACAUGUAACCAAUGGAACCAUAUUACAUAACAUUCUAGACACCAUAACCUUUGCAGCUUUUUGUAGUUAAGGAGUCUUUGGGUGCCAUCUGCCUGUUUUUAUCAAAGUACUUUGACAGAAAAAAACAGGCCUUCUUGGCACCCACAGGCUAGCCUGUUAGUCACCAACAUAAUAAUGUGGAUGCAUCUUCAUCAUUAUCUGUCUGUAUGUUUCCACGGGACACUGGCAUUCAAAACUUCUUGCAUCUUAAAUAUUACAAUACGUUUUACUGUUAUAGUGCUCAUAAUGUAAAGGGGACCUUUCAUGCCUGUAAAAACGAAAGCUCUUUUAAAAUAGCAUACCAUUCUACCUAUGCAUCAUACUAGUAGAUUUACUAGCAAAUGUAUAGAGUGAUAGAAAAUUUUAUUUAAAAAUAGGUCUUUCUCGCACCUCGAGGAAUUGAUUGAGAAAGGAGAGCAGAAAAAACCUUCCAUACUCAGUCUUUCUGUUUCCCACACAUAGCAACCACUGCGCAUGUACUCUGGUUGCCAUGCUAACUCCUUAGCCAAUGCUGCUAGUGCUGACUAGGGAGUCGAGGGACGGAGUGACUGACAUCACUCUGUUCAAAUCCCAACGUGCUAUUGUGUUUGCAUCACAGAGAAGUUUUUCCCGAUAUCGGGAAGCAUUCCAAAACCGGGCAAAUGAAAGAAGAGACCAGGCUAAGCGCGGGAGGACCGAAAGGCGAACAGGAGAUGGAUGUUACAGAAGAGUUACACCCACAAAGCUGAGGACACGGCGGCGCUGGAUCGGAGGUCAACAUUUUAUUUGGGGCUAAAUCAGGCAAAUUUAAAAUCUACGGGACAGGUUCACUUUAAGCUUCAGUUGUAAAUAGCUGGGAACAGUGUCCAGUCUGACAUUUUUCCUGUUGACUGAAGGUCAGGGCUCUUAUCCACGAACCUUGAGACCAUUUUCAAGUGAUAAGUGAUAUAAACAUUUACCUCAUUUCUAUUUCACUGCAAGUAGCGAGGAGACACUUAUUAUCAAAAAAAGAUUUAUUUUGUGUUAAUUUCCUUUUUUCUUAAACUAUUAAAUAUCAGAAAGGCAUUACAUACAUAUGGAAUAUAUAACAUACCAGUGCAUCAAGCUCAGAAGCUGUAUGUUGUCAUUUUCAAUUUAAUCCAAUGACUUUCUUCAAUAAUCUUCAAGUACUACUAGUUGUGAUUAUUGUUUAGUGCAAAAACAAAGUGAAAAAGAAAAGCCUUUUUAGUACACUUUCCAUCUUUUCAGCUGAAUUUUCAAAUUAUUUUGUUUCUUUCUGGAUUGCUAAACAAUGGGCAAUAAGAGAUUUUAAUGGAGUACUUAUUGUUCCUUAUUUAACUGACAGCGAUACACCAUAGAUACAUAUAGAGUUGCACGAUUCCUUAGUUGAACUGAUAAUUGACUCCUAUGAUUCCUCUAUGCUAUAUUUCACUUCCAGAAAGGAUUUGGCUGUUCCUAUGCCUUUAAUAGCAAAACCAUAUCAGAGAGGGACAUGCAGAUAAAAUAUCGAAGCCAUUUAUUAAUUCAUUUUAUUUAAAGUCCAUUUAUACACCCCAAAACCCUGGCAUCAUUGUCAUAGAAUUUGUGCAUAGCUAGAGUGACGUUGGUCAUUCUGUUCCUUUAAACCUCUGGCACAGGACAGUGAGCUUGAGGUCUCUUCCUGAUCAGAGAAAGAACAAGGUCUAGUGUGCAUGCACUACUCCUAACAUCAUGCACAAGUGCGUAGCAACUCAAAAAUGCACUCUGUGUUCCUGACCCUAUAGUGUUCCUUUAAUUGGGUCUAUGUAGAAUGUAGGUCCAAAGAUUUUCCAAACGUGUAUUCCUGACCCUAUUGUGUUAAAAACUUUAUUUAUUACCCUGGUCCUACCCCUAUACGCCUCGCCUGGCAUCCUAAGAAUUGACAAUCUCAGCCAAUCCAGUGCUUUCUAAUAGGAUCGUCAAUUCUGAUGAUCUCAGCCACUGAAGGGGCAGAGCCAAUUGUUGCCCUGGCCAAUCAGCAUCUCCCCAUAGAACUGCAUUGAAUAAUCUCUAUAUUGUGCAGCACUGACCUAGGAAGCCCCUCCAGUGGCUGUCUGAGUGACUGCCACUGUAGGUGUCCCUAGGCAAUUAAUGUAAACACUUCCUUUUCUCUGAAAAGGCAGAGUUUGCAUGAAAAUGCCUACAGGGACAUACUAUGCUCACCAGAACAAAUUCAAUAAGCGGUAGUUUUUCUGGUGACUAUAGUGUGCCUCUCGGUAUGACAGGUGGAAUUGGCUUAUCUACUAUUGUUUAUUUUUUUUCUCCCCUUUUUUUUCUGUAAAAUUAAAAACAAAAGUAAAUAAAUAAAAAUGAUACACACACAGUACAGCUGGUCCAUGUUUGUGUAUUUUGUGUGAUAUAAGGUAAUUUCCUUUGAACAAUGCACGUUCUGGUUAGUCCUUCCCAGUCCAGUUUAUUGCGUGCCUAAUGAGAAAAUGACUAACCUAUUUUAUUUUAGUUCUGUCUGUUUUAUAGACGUUCCUGUCAGUAUCUACCCUUAUCUGUCCAGUUCAGAAUAUCACACUUUACACUAAUUAGUUUUGCUGUUAGUCUAAACAUAGCCUUAUCUAUGACAUGACUUCACAAUUUGCUCAGCAAGUGGGUCCUGGCAUUUUCUGAGGUCACAUGGAGUAAUUUGACUUCUGUUUUAAUCUGUUGUUAGUGAACCUGAAUGCUCCUUAAACAUCGUAUAGUUAUACUUUAAAUUAAUUAAAGGGACACCUGCCUCUUCUUUUUUUUAAUGCAUUAUAGCUAUAAUGCAUUUGAAGAUGUAAAUAAUUGCAGCAGAUUUAAAGCUUCUUGGGGGGGUUGGAGGGGGGUCUGUUCUCAUUGUGAAUGCUGUGCUUAUACCAUAAUCCUCAACAGACGUUUAUGGUGUCGGUACUUAAGCAGGUCCAAGUGGUUUACUAGGUGGAGACUAGAUUGAGGAUAGAGCUUGUCUUAUGUUUGCUUGUCUAGUUUUCAAAGUUAUAUUUGUUUUUGUUUUUUUUCAUUAAAUUUGAAAUUUAUAAACGACCAUUUUCAGAAACGUUAAAUUAUAAAAGUUAUAGAACUUCGAAAUAUUGUCAUGAUUUGGCCUUCUACAUGUCUUUACCUGACCUCGUUUUACAAUGUGAUCAGUCUAGGUCUCAGAUUAUUAAUUUGCACUAAUCACUGUGUGUGAUCAAGCAGCCACCAAUUAGACCUGUGUGAACCUCCCACGCAUCUAAUUCCGCAUCAGUGAUGGAGAACGUUUUCCCCACAAUGCAGUCAUCCAAGGCCGAGUGGUCUGUACUUCGAAUGCUUGAGAAAUCUCUGUUGCAAUGACUUAAUCUGAGGAAUCCCUUCAGUGAUGUAAUCUAGGGAAAUUCUUGUAGCCAUGACAUCAGUUUUUUGUCCUCUACAAACAGAGACCCAUGACGAGAUGUUGGAGUCUUCUGUGUUUUGCACUGAUAUCUCGCAUCUAAAAAAUAAAUAAAUACUAACUUCAUAAAGAUUUAAAAAAAUAAAUCUAGAAACCUCUUAAUAGAAAUAAUAAUUAAAAAAGUAGAUGCUCUUACUCCCAAGCCCUAAACGUCCUUCUAAAUAGUGUUUUUAGCUCUUUAAAUCUUCUGAGAAAGGUUCUGUAUAGGACAUGCACUGAGACUAAACCAUGUAUUGUGAAACACUGGAAAGGACUCCAUUAUCCUGAGGAGGAACACAAACAUGACCAUAAAAAAACCAACAGCUUCUGUAUUUAUCAAUUCCGCGCCUUUCUUUAAGAUCUGGACUCUCUCAGCAUACCUGGUUGCGGUAUGUCAACAAUAUAUCAAGUUUGUUCAGGUGAACUUAUUUUGGGGGUGAUAUGUAUAGACGGGGAUUUCUGACUUUCUCUGAUAUUUACUUCUUUUUUUACUCUCACUUACUAAUAUGUCUCUUUUUUCGCUCCCAAAAAUGUAAACUUGCAAAGUGCAUACUGUCUCUUUCCCACACAUCCCACGAAUCUUUUGAGCUACUCACCCCUUCAUUGUUUGAAUUGUUUAUCAUUUUUUUUAACACUGAAGGUUCUCACAGUAGUUGCGUAAAGCUAGUGUGUAGAGUAUUUGUUGUGAAUUGUUCACACAAAUUGUCAGAAUUUAGAAUAGGAUCUGCGUUCGCUACCGUGCAGGCAAAAUAAAAAUUGAAUUGGUAAGAAGUAUAUGUAACCCACAAAGUAUUAUGGCGUCUGUCAGCAGUUAGUGUACUGACUUACAGGGACUUGUUCACUAAACUUUUACAAUAAUUUUACAAUUAUUUUAGCCUAUAUUGGCAAAGAUUAAAAAGGACGGUUUACAUUUAUUUCAGUAUUUUAAUAUGACUCAUUAUUUUUAAGUUAUUUUGCUUUCUUGUUUGUGGUUUUGUGGACUGGUGAACAAUCUUUUAUCAGCAUCCAGGUUUAAUGAUUCCAGUUGACGUGCAGACCGUCCUGAUGUUAAGAGGCAAAUAAACUCAACCAAGCCGUUAAAGAUAUUCACUGUCUGUUUUGUAAAUGUUACCUAGAAAUAAUGUGGCAACAGAAAAUUUCCAUGUUCUUUCUGGUUCGUUUCUGACUGUUAAUAAACACAGUUUGCACAGGAUGUCACAAAAAUAAUAAAACACGACAACGUAAGUGAAACAAAUGCUUUUUAUCACAGCGAACUGAUGAAUAACAAACUGUGAAUUCCAAUCCCACACAAAUGUACCUCAUUUACUGAAAACUCACCCCCACGGGACGGGAAUUUAAAGAUCGACACUCCCCUGUAUAUAGAGUCCCCGAUCAUGGCUACAAUUCCAAGCCAGGUGUCAAUUCCCAUCAUUCUCUGACAGCCAAAAGCUAAAAAAAUAUAUAGUUGUUAAAAUCCAGUGGCAGGUGAUGAAGUUCGAUACUUGUUCUGAGCUGAGCUCAUGGGAAGACCACCAUUUCAUUGGGGUAUUGCAGAAACCCAAAACGGGCUGCUUUUCAUUGAUUCUGCUCAGUUAUUACCAUAGUCCAGAUACAUUGUUACAUACCCAGCCUAUUAUUCUCUUUGUACAACCCAUUUCUCACCAUCACCACUACCCAAAAAGCCUUUCCUGUUAUCACAGUGAAUAUUGUAUUUGUGGCCUUGGUGCCCAGGGACAAUUGGGUUGCAAAUAUGGUAAUUUGCCCUCAGGCCGUUUCUAUCUAACGCGCAAGGGUUGUAGUGAUAAAUGGGCACUACAAAUGCUCUACUUACAGAGCCAAAACGUUGCUAUGCUUGUAAACACGUAUGGUAAGUAAAAUACUCUGAAAAAAAACAGAUUAAUCUAGUACUGGACUAGGAUAGAGGCAAUUUCUCAAGAAUGCAUUUUCAAAGUAGAGUACCAUAUUGUUUUUGCAUAUUAUAUAUAAAUGUAUAUUUACAUCCCAUUGAUCCUGAGUUCCUUCCGAGUCUGAGGGUAAUUACGGUGAAGAAAAUAGCUAUCUUGUCAAGAAAUAAAGUGUGUGGUUUACUGACUAAACUAUGUAUUGCAGAGAACUGUCAGGUAAUUGUGAUAUUUCAGAAUUGGCUUGUUUUGACAUGCAAUUUUCACUUUUGUUGUCGAAAUCUUCACAAUUUCCAGUUUGGUUAAUAAUUUAACUAAAUGUCUUACUGUCAUUUUCUUCUUCUGCCUGAACUUAAUGUAACUGGGCUGUGUGUUCAUCUCCCACCCAUUGACAUAAAACAUGGAUGGAGGAAUCUUGCUUCUUUAUAAGAAACUCCUAAACAUAUUUAUUCUAGAGCCAAAAAUAAAAACAAAAGAUGUUCUCCAUCUAACUGUAUCGACUCUCGGCUUUGGCCAGCUUCCCAAAUAGCAAUUUCAAUAUUUAAAAAGGAGGGAAAAGGGACAGACGUAACUGCUAGCAGGCUUUACACGCAUGGGAGAUGAAGAAAGUCUCUUUUGAUGGUGGGUAAUUAUGUCCAAACAGAACUGACCCCUCCCCUCCGGUUUCUUAUGAUCUUAACGGAGGAAACACAGUUUUGUUUCUCUUUGAAGCAGACUGGAGUUUGAGAUUGUCCUCCGUCUGAUGCCAGAGGCAGCCUUGAGAUAUUGGCCUAUACUUGCCUUCUAUCAGUUCAUUUCCCAUCUCACAUUGCAGAAGAGGAAAGCCUCCUAGAUACACGCAGAGAGGCAUGGUCUGCCGGCGUGCUUGUCUGAUAAUGUCUUCUCCAAACACUCUCAGCCAUCAGAAGAACAUGACUCCGUUCACCAAAAUGGAGAUUGUGCAAAAUCGGCAAAGGCUUAAUUUAAAAUAGACUUAAAUCAAAAAAGCUAAACUGGAAAAACUUGGUAAAUUUGCCAAUUUUUCCAAUUCGGUCGUUUUGGACAAAAAUCUGCAGUUGUUUUACCAAUUCUCUAAUUCUCGAUUUAGUGACAACCCCAAGGAAUGUGAAAAAUUUACAUUGCAUUUUUUCUUGUUAAGACGUAACCUUAAAAUACGGUUAUAGUAGCAUUCUAAAGAUUUGGUAAGGGAAUAGGAAUCAUUGCUGACAGUUAAACAUUUCACCACCAUCAAUGUUAGGUAAAGCAUUUCUUUGUUUUUUGGCACUGUUGAUAUGUCAUUGGUGCCACAGGGAUUAACGAUAAAAAAAAAAUAAAAAAAUAUUAGUCAUUAUGUGCAAAGCAUGGACAAUUUAACAUGUGGAAUAAACUAAUGUCUACAUGGUUUUAAGUACGUCUUGCGGUGGUAUAAAAAAAUAUGUAAAACUGGAAAAAUAAAUCAUAGUGUAAUGUUAUAGACCAUGAUACCAUAAUGAGAUAUGGCAACAAAUGCACUCACAUAUACAGGGAGAAGCAUUACAACUCUCUAGCCAUGUAUCUGAAGAUGAGUUUGACUUUUGUUGCAGUGUAAUUACUUCCCACAAACACACUAAAGCGGGUCUGCCACUUUUCAGUAAUUCAUAAAGACAUAUUUGUCUACUUAGUAGGGACUACUUUGUCUUAUAGACAAGCCUGAGAUUGACAAAAAGGCGGAGCUCCGUCGUCAAUAUUUCUCCAAUUCCAGCAUGUGGCUCCUGGUAACUAAAAACGCCAGGAGCUGAUGAGGACAUACAGUAUGACGGUAAGUAAUACUUGAGGUAAGUAAAACUUACCUUCCCUGCAGCCUCCUGCCACUGGAUCCACACCGGUUAUGUCACUUUUGGGGGUAUUUGUGAAAUACACAAAGACCCCUGAAAGUUCCAGACCAACAUAAUUGUAAAGCGCUGUGUAAUAUGUUGGCGCUUUAUAAACGCUGAUAAUAGCCAGAAUCAAGAAUUCUGAGUUGGCAAGUUAGUUCAUUCCCGUAUAGUUGUGUGAUUUUUCUAGUUUGGCAAUUUUAAAAAUGAGCAAUCCCCUAAUCUCUGCAAUUUCCAGUUUAGUAAAGAAAUUUAAAGACUGUUACGUGUUUCGUAGGAGUAAGGCUGCUAACAUCUCUUACAGUGCAGUUUCUCCAUAAUGUUGCUCUGCAAGGUCAGAGAUAAGUGUAGUGCUAAAAGACACACACAUAUUCAUUUUCCUGUUAGUACUUGUGUCUCAUAAUCUGUAAUCCCCUCCACCCCCAUGGUGUCAUAUGCAUGUUAUCAGAAUUAUUAAAACCAGCACAUAGCCAAGCAACAUCUAAUUCCUAAUAAAUGUGACACGUUAUAAAUAAUAGAUAAAGGAUAAAUAGGGAUUGAAGGUAGUAAGGUGCAUGCUUUGUAUUGGACAGAGUAUGUGUGAAGAAUUCUCAUAGAUGUGUCCUGCAGCGCAUGUUGCUGCUAAGAAACCAUUUAAGUGGAAUUCAAGCGGAAGUUGUAGUGCUAAGAUUUAGCGGUGGGUUGUUCUAUUUUUUUUAAAGUGAUACUCCACUACCCAAAAACAUAAAAAUAAAAAUCAGACCUUUAGUAGAUAUAUGCCAAGUGAAAGAAUGGAUGCAUUUAAUUAUUCAUUUUUUAAUUGGGAGUAUAUCAUAACACAGCUUGCAAAAUCUGCAGAUAUCUUGUCUGCAGCCUUUGCAAGACCUCCCUUUUCUAACCCCACCCAGACUUUCUGUGGCUGUCCAAUCACAGACUUCCCAAUGCAGCUCAAUGAGAAGUCUUUGCAAGGCAGACCUUUUGAGUUUAGCUCCACUGAGCUAAUUAAACCAGGAAGUAACAGGACCACUUGUCUGACUGACAGCCAGGGACGUGUAACCACGUUAAUUUAUAAAAGUGUAAAUUUCCAUUGAAAUCUGAACAUUUUGUAAAAUAAAAAAAAAGCAGGCAAACCAGAGAGCUCACUCUUCAUACAUAAGGCACAUAAACAAGCUAAAGUGCUUUAGGAGUUUGAAUAUUUCGGAUUAAAUCAGAUGCCAGCCAGAAAGGGCACAUGAUGGCACAGAGAUGUAGAUCACUUUAAUCUCUGUUAUACGGGGAUGCGUUGACUUUGCCAUUAAAGACUCAUGCCUGUGUACAUUAAAUGGAUGCUGAAUCUCCUUACCCUCACUCCCCAUCAUUCUGUUAACCUGGGAGCCAUCAUAAAAAUAAUAAAAAUUUAUACUUGCAGUAUAAAUCUUGUUCUCAAAAAAUACUUGUUUGCCAAAAAUAUUGUAAUAUUUAUAAACAAUUAAAAUAAGUCUAAUAGUUAUUCAUAUUUGUUCAGCGCACAAUAUGUGAUUAAUAUUUUUUUCAUGGUUGCAUUGAUUAACUGUUACUAUAACUCAACCCUACGUUUGACUGCUUUAGUGAUGAAGGAAACUUGAUGGUUUAAGUGCCGUUCCUAUCUUCCAACUGUCUCUCUUCCUCUCGCUCUGUCUGUCGUCUUCCUCCAUCCUUGUAUCACUCUAUACCUCUUUCUGUCUACCUCAAUCUAUCAUAUUCAUCUCUUUAUCUGCCUCCCACCUUCUCUGUCUCACAACCUCAGUUUCUCUCCAUCUCAUUAAUCUCUCUCUGUCUCUGAAUCCCAGUGUCUCUCCAUCUCGUUAAUCUCUAUCUGUUUCUGAACUCCAGUGUCUCUCCGUUUCAUUAAUCUCUCUCUGUCUCUGAACCCCGGUGUCUCUCCGUCUCGUUAAUCUCUAUCUGUCUCUGAACCCCAGUGUCUCUCCAUUUUGUUAAUCUCUAUCUGUCUCUGAACCCCAGUGUCUGUCCGUCUCAUUAACCUCUCUCUGUCUCUGAACCCCAGUGUCUCUCCGUCUCGUUAAUCUCUAAAUCUCUAUCUGUCUCUGAACCCCAGUGUCUCUUCAUCUCAUUAAUCUCUCUCUCUGUCUCUGAACCCCAGUGUCUCUCAAUUUUGUUAAUCUCUCUGUCUGUCUCUGAACCCCACUGUCUCUACAUAUUGUCAAUCUCUCUCUCUGUCUCUGAACCCCAGUGUCUCUCCAUCUUGUAAAUCUCUCUCUCUGUCUCUGUACCCCAGUGUCUCUAAUCUCGUUAAUCUCUCUCUCUCUCUCUCUCUGAACCCCAGUGACUCUCCAUUUUGUUAAUUUCUCUCUGUCUCUGAACCCCAGUGUCUCUCCGUUUCGUUAAUUUCUCUCUGUCUCUGAACCCCAGUGUCUCUCCAUUUUGUUAAUCUCUCUCUCUGUCUCUGAACCCCAGUGUCUCUCCAUCUUGUAAAUCUCUCUCUCUGUCUCUGUACCCCAGUGUCUCUCAUCUCGUAUCUCUCUCUCUCUGAACCCCAGUGUCUCUCCAUUUUGUUAAUUUCUCUCUGUCUCUGAACCCCAGUGUCUCUCCGUUUCGUUAAUCUCUUUCUCUGUCUCUGAACCCCAGUGUCUCUCCAUUUUGUUAAUCUUUCUCUCCGUCUCUGAACCCCAGUGUCUCUCCAUCUUGUUAAUCUCUCUCUGAACCAAAUCCAUCAAUCCCCCUCUCUCUAUAUCUGUAUAUCUUUUCCCGUCUGUCUCUGUACAACAAUCUCUCUCUCCCUCCAUCUCCCUAUUUCUCUCCCCCUCUCUCUGUCUCCAUUGAGGAAAAAGCUGUGUUAAACCGCUGACAGACUAGAAGAAAUCUUUGUAUUUUAGAGGCCUAGCAGCAAGUGAGACCCUGGCAGGCCAUCUGAUCCUUUAACCAAGAACAGAAGCAUCUUCACAGAUCAGUCGGGCUUCGAGACUCCUGGCUGUUUAUUGAGUCACUGCCUCCCGCCCACAUCUUCCUGUCUUUAAACAGUUUGCAGAACUGAAUGACAAGAAUAAGCAUCACAUAUCUAACUGAUUACAACUGUCAGUGAGUCUGCAGAAGCCUGGUCAGCAUUCUGCGUCUCUCGCCGUGGGGAGAAAUUCCCUCACAUGUGUAAACCCUGCAGCGCUGGAAGUCUGGAACCUGUACCCAGAUUGGUGUCUCUUGCUGGCCGUCUCUGAAGAGACAGCGGGGACAUUCACGGUUAAUGACGGUCCAUUCACAGCAGUAGUAAUGCUGUAUUAUAUGGACUCAGCGCUGGGGAGGAGAUGUGAAAAAGCCUUGCUGCGUCCCAGCUAUGGCUGCGCAUGCGUGCUGUGCCAGAAUUCCCUCUCAGCAAACAUACAAACAUUCUGAAAAUAGAUAAAAACACAGGGCUUAUCUAGCAAGUUAAUUUUUUGGUUUUCCUGUUUGUCUAUCUAACUGUCUGCCUAUGUCUCUGUCUGUUUGCCUAUCUGUCUGUCUGUCUUCUAACAGUGUGCGCUCAAUAUGUCUCAGUUUGAUGUCACAGCUUUCCAUUGUCUGUCUGAGUAGCAGUGAAAUGGCGCACUGUUGUAAUACAAAGUUUUGGAUAAAGGGACCUACUUAUGUUUAGAGGAAUUUUACGUUUAGAUUUUAUACGCAUUCGAGAUGCUGUAAACGGUAAAUCCCGUAAUUAAGGCUGAAAGUGAUGGGGGUUGCAAAUCGACAGUGUUGACAAAGUUUGGGGAACACAACACUGUAAGGACGUCUGGUUGUACUACAUGGCACUCUUUUUAAUGAAAGCUAAUUUAAUUCAUCUACUAAACAGCAACUGGUAAAUAGUCGAAUCCUGUCCAGAAAAUAAGGGGUUUGCACUUAAACCAUUCAGCACGCAUGUUCCGAGCUUAGCAGUAGUAACACAGAUCAGUCAGCUGGAUAACUAUUUUUGAUGACUGAUGUUACAAGUUUUAUUAAUAUGCCACCCAUAAUAAAGUAUUUUUGGGAUCUUUUUAUAACAAACUUACAAGGGACGUGUUACAUAGUCUAAUGUAAAAAAAAAAUGGGGGGGCGAGGGGGGGGGAGGGCGGCGGAGAAUACACACACAGACUUGAUAAUGGGAUAACUUAGUGCCAAGUGGCUAAUUUUGAAUCCUAGAUGUUUGUGAACCACAACUUGUGAUGAUCAGAGAACCUUAAAAUACAAAAAGAAGCUCUCUCUCUCUCUCUCUCUCUCUCUCUCUAUAUAUAUAUAUAUACAACUAAGCCUGGCACUCCUCAGACUAAUAUACAUAAAUCAUCAUCCUGCCUGGGUGCAAACCCAUGUUGUGCAUAUAAUAAACCAAAAAAAGGGUGCACUCUAAGGUUUUCAAAUCCCAAAAAUUCUGUGUUUUUGAUAAAGUUCUAAAUGAAAACAUUGUCAUCUGGAAAUAAAAAAAUCAACGUUUCUACCAGUUCGAGUCUUUAUCAAGAUCAUGAUAAAGACCCAAACAGGUAGAAACGUCAAUUUUUCCCCCCACAGAUAGCAAUGUUUUGAUUUAGAACUUUAUCAGACACAGAAUUUUUGGAUUUGAAGACCUUGGAGUGCACCCCUUUUUUAGUUUAUUAUAUAUAUAUAUAAAUAUAGAUAUGAGGUAAGUGGCAGCAGGGUACGCAAUUAACACAGAUCUGACUUUCCACAUUUAGUUUUCUAUACUUUAUCAGGUUAUUAACAAUUACAUUAUCACUCAGCAGGCUACCUGGCUCACACAGGACUUUUUGUCAUCCCAUUUGCAGGAAAGAGCUUUACGUUGACAAUAACGGUUUUCACAAACCCACCUCAAGUUGCCACUUACCACAGAGCCAUAAAGGUGACGGUGGACGGACCCAGAGAACCAAGACGUGAGUACAAACUUCCUCUCUAUCCAUCAGUAUUAUCUGUGGUGGGGGGGGGGGGUAAGCUGGUGGGAUAUUGUUAUCUGAGUGGAUUUCCAAGGGUUAAAUUUGUCCUGUCACUUCAAUUUAAUAUUAUUAUAUUUUUUAAUAUUUGACAACGUGCAAACCUCGUUACCUGUGGUUUUUUAAAUCGGCAGUUUUUUAUAAUAUUUUCCAUAAACCCACUUAAUUCUUAAAAGGCAGAGAUUUGAGCAGCGCGAUUGCAGGGUAUGAUCUGUACACCAAAACUGCCAAAUUAAGCUGUAGUUGUUUUAGUGCCUGUAAUGUCCCUUUAAAUAUGUGAGGAAUGACUCUCUUGGGUUUUUCAACACAGCUGUACAUGCUUGAAACUGUCAUGGACUUUAUUGUUUUUUUGAGAUAUUAAUCAAAGAGGUUGGCAUGUAUAGGCCACCCAGUAAAUGUGUAGGGCAGUCCCUGACUGAAACUUUUCAUUCCAAAUUUAUAUUUAACAUGCUUAACUAUAAAUCUAGACUGAGUAUGCACUAAAAAACUCAGAUGAAAAUCUCAAGUGGGUAUUUCCCCGUCGCUGGACACUGUAGAAAUAUAUAUAAAACAUCUGUUCAUUUUGCUAUGACCUCAAGUAAACAGCAAAGAAAAAGUAUCCUUUUGUGUGGUUAGUUUUUAAAAUUCUAUGUUUGGUUUCAUCGAUAAAAUUAUAAAACCGUUUUUGCGGCAUUUUCAAAUUUUAAGAACAUUAUUUGAACUCCAGCAAAUUUUUUAUUAAAAAAUAUCCUAUUUUUAUUCUCAUAAAAUCACCUUUUUUAAAAGAGCAGAUAUCAGGUUAGAUUUUAACCCCUUAAGGACACAUGACAUGUGUGACAUGUCAUGAUUUCCUUUUAUUCCAGAAGUUUGGUCCUUAAGGGGUUAAAUAUGUCACAAGUAUGUUGAGGUUGGUUGAUUGACUAAUUAAAGCCUUUAUCAUAGCUUUUCAACAUUUUCCUGUGCAAUUAGAUGAUUGUAGUUAGGCAUUGGUUAAACAUAUGGCAUCUUUAAAUAAGUCAAGUAAAACCAUCUCAAACUAUUCAAGAGCUGGACCUCCAUAUAACCAGGAGGGAGACACGGCCCAAUCCAUUGGACCAUAAUUUAUUAUUUAAGUCACGGAAUGUUUUACAUAAUCUUAAGGAGCACGGUUUCAUUUUUAAAAUUCUCUGACAAUGGUAACAUUUCAUAGCAGAAUUAUAAAUUGGGAUGAUACCGAUUUUCCACAAGCCUGGCAUAGAUUUUGUUCCUUUUUAGUUUAUUGCAGGUGAGUUUACAGAGUGCUAAGAAAAAGAAUUUAGGCUUAUUCUCACGCUAUUAUUUAUUUUCCAAACUCAUGCUUGCGAAAUUUUGCAUGCUCCUCUGAAUUUAGUUUUUCCCCAGCCAAAAGCAAAGAAUCGUAUUGAUGGAGAAAUAGAAUGUCGUAGUCCACUCUUGGCAAAGUCCAUUUAUAUACACAUACAGACAAAUUCAUGUUCACAGUUUUGGGUCCCUCAAAAUUAAAGUAAAAAUCAAAUAUAUUUUGGGAAUAUUCACUGGAUGAGCAAAAAAACACUGAUUUAAUUUAGAUUUUUUUUCAACUGCUGACACUUUUUAUCUAAAAUUUUUAAAAAUCUGUUCACCAUUUGGGUGAAUAGUGAAUACUCAAUAAUACAUUCUAGUAAUAUAGACACUCCAUACUGUGUAAACAUAGAAUUUAAACAAAAAGUGAGAUGUAUUGAAUUAUAUUUUUGGAACUCUAUUCAUUUUGCGUGUCUAGUCUGGAAAAUGUAAUGUAAGUUACUAAAUUAAUUUAUUUCAACUGACUGGAUCAGAGACAGACUGGGUUAUUCAUUAAAUCUGUGAAACGUUAAACAUUUUCAACUUAGUUAUUUAUCAUGCUCAACUAUUUUGGGCUAAAUUUCAAAUUCUCUGGGUAAUUCUCAUCAAUCAUGGGUUUUGUAAAUACUUCCAGCAUUGGGAGGUAUGAAACCAGAACAGGGGGUGAGGGCAAGCCUUUAGGUGUGUGUCACUAAUACCCCUUGUAUCAUCGGCAAUGCCCAAAAUGGAGGUUGUGAUUGGAGUUAAUGGAUGCCAAGCUGAUUGACAACCUCACUGAAGCACUCUCUGUAUGGUCCCAGGGCCAUCAACAUAUAUUAUCAUAACAAAUAUGUGAUUUAUCAUGUAUUGGAAAUCUAUUAUAUUAUGCAAAGUAUUUUUCUUUCAUUGUUCAUUUGAACAAUUUCCAAUAACUAUUAUAUCAAGUCAUAAAAGUCAAAAGUGAAAAGAAUAAAAUAGUGCCGUUUGUGAAACUGUGUGUAGAUUUAAAAAAACUGCAACAUCUUGCCUAAAAAAAGGAAAGACAGUACAGCAGAUAAAGUGUAAGAUAAAACUGGUGAUUAACCACAACAGAGAUGUCACGCUUAAGACAUAAAGCAGGAAUCUGAGGAUAUAAUACAUGAGAACAUGCUUGUAGGAGAACUUUUCAUUUCUAUUCUCUUGAAGUCCUUGUACUUCCUGAAUAAACAAGGAUACAAAAGGGGUGGACCUGUUCACAAGAGUAGACAUCAACAUGGAUUCACGUGGAACCCAGAUUCAAAAUGCAGAAGGUCUGAAUAAAAUUUGGAAAGCCACAGACUCUUCAUGUGAAAAUGUUAACAGUCCUUACGAUCACUCAACAGAGCAGCUCUGUCAUACGGUGAUGAAUAACUGGAGCAAGUACAUCCAUGUCCAAGUGCAUGCGCAGCCCUGAUUGGCUACACUGCAGAUGUAGCCAUGUAUCUUGGCCCAGAUGCGUCAGUGGCCGGCCGCCAUCUCAACACAAAGCAAGUCUGAAGCUAUCUGCCAGGGAAGCAGAUAUAUCAAGCAGUGGUUGUAACCAAUAGAAAGAUCUCUAUGGGUUAAAGGGAUUCUACACUGCCAGGAAAACAUACCCUGCAGUGCCCCUCUCUGGCCCAGCCUCCAUCCCAUGUUGCUGAAGGGGUUAAAACUCCUUCAGUGACUUGCCUGAAUCCAGCACCGAUGUCUCUCGGUGCUGGAUCAAUCUCCACCCACGUUCCUCCCCCGCCGACGUGAGCCGGCGGGGGAGACCUAAUGCGCAUGUGUGGCAAUGCUUUCCUAUGGGGAUUCCGGCGAUGCUGGAGGUCCUCAUGCAUAGCGUGAGAACGUCCAGUGUUGUUUAAAACACUUUUCAUGUUCUAAGUACACAGAAGCCCCUCUAGUGGCUGUCUGAUAGACAGCCACUAGAGGAGGACUUAACCCUGCAAGGUAAUUAUUGCAGUUUAUAAAAACUGCAAUAAUUACACUUUCAGGGUUAAGGGUAGUGGGAGUUAGCACUCCAGACCACUUCUGCCCACUGGAGUGGUCUGGGUGCCUGGAGUGUCUCUUUAAGACAACACGGGAGUCAUGAGUGAACCAUCAUUUAAAAGUAAGAAUUAAAUGUUAAAGAACUAAAAAAUUGUGUAAAUUCUUACGAAACAACCUGAAUAUCAUGUUAUAAGGCCUUGUUAGGUAAGCAGUGAGUUAAGAAAUCACUCAGAAUAUUUAGGUUAAAACAUCCAAAUCUAGGGGAAAAUCUAAAAACUGCUAUUUUAGUUUUAAUUUGUGUGUUUCCAACUAACUCUAAGUAUUUUUAGUUACUAAUCCCCUUAGAUCCAGUUGCAUUGGUGAUGUCAUGUUAUAAUUUUAGGACUGGGCUUGUACUUCCUCUUGUCCCGGGAGGCUUGGGUUGAGCAGUUUAUAUUAGCGUCAUGCAUAAAUUCACUUUAAAAGUGACACAUGGAUAAUAAUUAUAUAAUUGGAAAAUAGUGGAAAUAAUUGAUUUAGUGGAUUAGCAAUAAUUACCGCGGCUAAAAUGGGUCAACAGAGUCUGCGGUUUUUCUAGUGUUUUAAAUGUGUAAUUGACUUUAUUGUCAGCUUACUGAUUUCAUAUGUAAACUAAAUGGAAUGAUUCAAGCAGAACUGUCACAACUGAGACCUUAAUACGACACAAUAGCUCUCUAAAAAUUACCCGUGACGGCACCCGACAGACCCCAGGUAAGUUGUCAAACAAAUGGUUUGGCUACUUAUCCCAGGAGGGUUCCAGGGCGCUGUUGUGGUUAUGGUGCUUGGAGUGUUGCUUUGAAAUGUGUUAAAGAGGCACAUGAUGCUCCAGUACACUCCACCAUUCACUACUGUUCACACAGCCACUAGAGGCGCUUCCUGCUUGCUAGGUGACUUUGGUUGCCUAACUGGUGCUGGACGUCCUCACGAUCUGCAUGCUUUCCUAUGGGGAGGACCAAGCACGCUUGCGGCAUUCGCCGUGCAUGCGCCUCAGUGCCCCCAUGAGGUGACGUCUGAGUUGAAGCUGGGUAGAGGGGCGUGAGGGAGAUAGAAGCCAAAGGGAAGUAUACUGCCAGAAAUACACAUUUAUGUAUCCAAUAUCACAGGAUAACGUGAUGCAAAAAAGCACAUGCACUUCCACCAGCCCCAAAUAACUCAAGGGCUGGACACACAGGCUAGGUUGGGGGGGAGACAUACCCGCAAAGCAAGCAUUAGGAAAUAAAAAAAUACCUAGAUAUACACUUUAACCCCUUAAGGACCAAACUUCAGGAAUAAAAGGGAAUCAUGACAUGUCACACAUGUCAUGUGUCCUUAAGGGGUUAAAGGUAUAUAUCUAGCAAUGUAUACAUAGAUUAGGUUAGGAUUAAACUACGCUCAUAUUUUUCUAUCUUUAUUUAUGUGGUUUUCAGAAUUAAUAUAAUGGAACCAAAUGUUCUUUUGUUUUACAACAAUAUCUCCUCAAUCUGUCCAUUGAAUAUAUAGGGGAUGUGUCCGAGGAAUAUUUUUGUGUAGGAACACCAGAGAUGAUCUUUUGUCCCUGGACCUUCCUCAUUAGAAAGAUACACACAGUUAUGUAUCUUUGAUGUUCAUCUGUUUCCAGUCAUUCUAAGUUACGAAGAAAAUGUAUAAGCAUGGCGGGGAAAAAAAUACUUAAAUUUCAAAUAUGGGGUGUGCUUGACCUGAGUUUCUAUGUAAACGUUCAGGAAAUCCACAACCUGAUGUGUGGUUCACACAGCAUUCAGAGGUCAGGUAAGGUGACCACCACUGACACGGACCCUGGACUCAGCAGUGCAGAAGAACAAAGGGUUUCCUGUUAAGUCCAGCUGCAUACAUCAGUUGACCAAAUGGUUUUCUUUAAAUGUCACAAAGUUGUGUUUAGACUUAGUGCAUCCCUUCCAGUUGGACCUCAGUUGACCUACAAUGGGUGACAAUUGUCAGGUUGUUACCCAAAUAAUAUCACUUUGGAGUGAAUCCCUGGGAUCUAGUAAAGGCUUUACAAUUAGUAGAUGUUUCUUUGUUUAUUGAGAAUAACUUUUUUUCUGGGAGCUUUGUACCAUUUUAAUGUAGUUUUCUAGAAUCACUGACUUACCCUGGGAUGGGGAAUGGCCUGGAUGUGUAUGAGGAGUUGGUGGAACGAACUCUGAGAAGCAGUCGUUUCAUUCUCAGAUCACUCUGUGUAUGUCAGGAGCUGGGCAGGUCGCCAAGCAGGAAAUGACACAUUCAGAGGCAUUCGUAUUGUGCAACCUUCCGAGGAAUUGAUGCACGGAUACACAGGCUGUUUACACAUUCCAUUAGUUGCAAGCAGCAUGGCAGACCUGGCUAUCCAUAUACACAUGGCAAAAUUAAGUCAUCUGGGAUCCUUGCUGUGCUCGCAGUCUAUUUUCUUUUCUGCCAUUAUAUUUCGUAUGCCUACAGGCAGAGGAUUGUGUUAACCUUUCAGUGACCACGAGUAUAAUAAACCAUUGCAAUUGAACAAUAUCAGACCAAUACAGUGGGGCUUAUAUUCUAUUGAGGUGACUUCUGUUGUUACUCCCAAAGAGUGAUAUUUUAUAAUAAUACAGUGGUUUAUAAAUUAUUUUACAACCAGUCCAUUUUGACAGAUAAACACAUUGCUAAAACUUUGCAAACCCGUAGUGGAUAUUAACUUUUAGUUCUAAUACAAGCACUAUAUGUUGAGACAUUAUUCAGUAACAGAACCCUGUAUUCUGAACACCGUAGUGUUCUCCUCUUUAUUUAGAUUCAGGCCACCCUUAAAUAUAAAUAAAAAUUGGAAAGAAAAAUGUUUUGGUUAAAAAAAAUUUAAAGCACCACUUGAUCGACCUCCCUCGACAUCAUUCUGAUGCAUCUAAAUGUCCAAUCCAAUACUCCCUAUAUAAGGAGCACUGGGGUAAAAAAAAAUGCAUGCAACGCCAUGCUCAUAUUGGAGGUUAGCUGUCAGAACUCGGUUGACUCGGCUCUCACAGUGGAAGUACCUCUUGGCUGUCAGGUAGACAGCCACUCGAGGCGUAUCUAACCCUGCAAUGUAAACAUUCCUCUAUGUACUAAACGGCAAUGGGUUAAAACUGAAAGUCCACUGCCUCCAAACCACUUCAUUGAGAUGAAGUGUUCUGGGUGCCUUCAGCUGUCCUUUGGGUUUCCUUUUAUUAUUGGUCAUGCAGUGCUUCUACUUUUGGUAAAUUUUGUAAGGCACUUAUCUCCUUCCUUGCAUUGGCUUCCUACUCAAUUUGUAGCCACAGAUCAGAUGUCAAAGGGAAAUCAACGAAAUCCUCCUAAUAGACUUCCAACAGCCAAGCAACCACAAUACAUACUGGGAAAGUCUUGGUCUGAUGAGGGUUGCCAAGAGACAUCAGAAUGGACGUCCACAGCGAUAUUCCUAAUUGGACAUGUUCCUUGAGUGUAGCCGAGAACCCAUAGAAAAGGUCUAUGGAGACAUUGUUUCUUGAAGGAACACUCCAAACAUCUAAAGCGAAUAAGCUUGCUAAAGUGUUUAUGGUUGAAGAGUGUGUCCUCUUUUUUUCAUUUUACAAAAGUGAAAAUUUCAAUAAAAAUUGGCACUUUUAAAAAUUAAAAGCAUUACGUAAGCAUAUCUGUAAUCCUAGCACUUUAGUCACCUUGUCCAUAGUUAAAUAUAGGCCCUCCCCCCCAGUUAGUCACUCUUUAGGGGUUUUUUUACUUUUAUUUUGGUUCUGCUUCCAUUGGGAGAAGAUGAAGAACGACAACAUAGUUGACAACGUCGUGUUUGGUUUAAAAAAAAACAAAAAACACACACACAAAACACGCACAUACACUCUCGUUCUCUUAUAUUUUAUACCAUCAUUUUAUAUCUCCUUUACAGCAAUAUUUUGCAUCUUUUUGCUGUAUCACUUUUAUGAAGUUAAAAAUUAUAUAAUUAUAAUUUAUUAUAAAAUGCCAGCAUGUUUAGCAGCUCUAUUUCAUAUGGGUAAAGAUUGUAUUAAAGGACCACUCUAGGCACCCAGACCACUUCAGCUUAAUGAAGUGGUCUGGGUGCCAGGUCCAGCUAGGAUUAACCCAUUUUUUCAUAAACAUAGCAGUUUCAGAGAAACUGCUAUGUUUAUGAAUGGGUUAAGCCUUCCCCCUAAUCCUCUAGUGGCUGUCUCAUUGACAGCUACUAGAGGCGCUUGCGUGCUUCUCACUGUGAUUUUCACAGUGAGAGCACGCCAGCGUCCAUAGGAAAGCAUUAUGAAUGCUUUUCUAUGUGACCGGCUGAAUGCGCGCGCAGCUCUUGCCGCGCGUGCGCAUUCAGCCAACGGGGAGGAGAAGAGGAGGAUCGGAGGAGGAGAGCUCUCCGCCCAGCACUGGAAAAAGGUAAGUUUUAACCCCUUUCCCCUUUCCAGAGCCGGGCGGGAGGGGGACCCUGAGGGUGGGGGCACCCUCAGGGCACUAUAGUGCCAGGAAAACAAGUAUGUUUUCCUGGCACUAUAGUGGUCCUUUAAGCAAGACAAACUGGUCCUACUCUAAUAAACCAUCCUAAGAUAAUGGCUUAUCUUUAUGUAUAGGGAAACUAGGCAAAUUAAAGUCCAAGUGGCUUAAAUUUAGUGCUAUAAAAAUAAAUGAUUUGUAUGUCAGCCCCAAGGAUUCCCAUUAUCCUAUACGGUAAGCCAUGUCCUCAUCAGCUGUAGAUUUUAUAAAUGUGAAUCUUGGUUGGUCCAGCUUAUUUUAUAACUCCUAUUUCUUUUUAUAAGUCCUUAACAAAGUAAUGCAGACAUUACCCAUUGCUCUCUCCUAAUUCUGUGUACCUUAUAUGUAUAGCUCAGCCUGGCUAUGCUUGUAUUUGAGGCGAUGACAUAUUUAAAGUGACAGGUGAUAAUCUUUCUGAGCAUUCCUCUUCAUCCCACCCCACACAUUUAUACUCUAAAACAAGAAUAGUCUUUUUUUAAAUAUAGUUUUAUAUUUCCCUGAGGUGUCAGCAAGCACAUAAGGACCACACAGGUUAAGCUUUGCUGUAAGCAAUCAAGUCAGAUUGUCUGCAUCUUUAUUUACGUUGGAUUGGAAUCUUGCAGUUCUUUGAAUUUGGAAAAUCAAAUUUCUGUGGUGAAAGUAUGAAAUUGAGAAUUAGAUUAAUAUUUUUAAGGUGAGGAAUGGCUGUCGCCGCAGUUGGGUCCCAGAGGGUCAAACAAAUAGUGAUCUACAAGUAAAUGUUCUCCUUUGAGUUUUGGCAAAAGCAACCAUUACUUGCAGAUCGCUUAUCCACCCUCCCCUCUCCCUAAAAAUGAUAUUUCAAGGUUCUGUUCAGUAAAACAAAGAGAGAAAAGUGUAUUUAAAUAUUAGUGACAUUGACACUGAUGUACGUGUGUUUUUUUAAUGGUGAUUAAAGGGUUUGCAGUCUAGAACAUUGUUUCUGAUGUGUGAGUAACAGCCAAUUCGCCAAGUUAUUUAGUAGAUUUCUUUAUUCCCGAAUAAAUGGGAUUGUUUUAAUUUGAUUCACUUUUUAGUAUGCGUAAUACAUAUACAGGUAAAUAACUUGCCAUUCGACCUAUAAGUAAAUAAAUUGGUAAUAAAUCACUGUGACUGUGUAUUUGAUUACUAUAAUAAAAAAUUAUCUUUUGUCGGUACUUUUCACCAUGAAAUCUUGUAGGCUAUUCAAUAUUAAACCGUAUGAUAUCAGAAUGUAACUAAACAGUGCAGAGAUAAAGAAUAACUGUCAUCAGAUUGUGGUAUUUUUUUAUUAUAAGAAUCCUUGCAGAAUGUAAUGAAAAGAUAAAAUUUAUUUAAAAUGAAGCAUAUGAAAAAAUAAAUACCUGAAUAUCUGGUCCCUACUUUCACAGAACACGUGCUCCUUCUGCAAUCUUCAUACACCUUCGGUCAGACUGAGGUAGAAUCCGACUGUUUAAGAAUUGGUUGGGCCGCUAAUCUGCAAAUUCUGACCGCAUUUGGCUGUAGUAAAGAGGAGAAUUGCCAAUGUGGUCGGAAUUCAGUCAGAAUUCGGAGCAGGCUGAGCACACAGGGCGAUUGCUGAUGAAAUCAUUGCUCCGUGCAGGGAGUGAAGCAGGAGCGUAAUGGUCGGAUUCUACCUCAGUCCGCCCAAAAGUGUCUGAAUAUGGCAGAGGGAUGUCUGUGUUCCGUGAAAGUAGGGGCCAGAUUUUCAGUUAUUUUUACACAUACUUAUAAUGCUGCAAGAAUUCUUAUAAUAAUAAAAAUAAUAAAAUCUGGUAACAGUUAUUUUUUUAAAUGUAAAUAAUAUUGCGUUUAAUCUUGAUAUUGAAUUUAAAAUUUUAGACCAAAUAAAGUGUGAGCUGAAAUUAUAGCUGAAUUGAAGAAUUUUUCAAAUUCGGCUAUUAGGGCAGAAAUUAAAAAUAUACUUAGUAACUUAGUAUUCCCAACAGUUCACAUUUAAAGGGCCAGUCACACUUCUACUCCUUCUAGGCAUUGUUUGCAACAAAAAUACUGAACAAUAACUAUAUUGCUUUUCUAUUUUGGUGAGGCUGACAAGACGGUGCAUGUUAGUGGUGGUAAAUGUUUUAUAUAUAGCCACAGACCUUUUCUGUGUUGCAAAUUCCACGUUUCACACUUUUACUCAUCACAUUCUGUGUCUCAGUCAGUGUUUUGUUUUGUUUCAAAAUCACUUUUCAUCCAGCAAUUUAAAGGCUAUGGACUGAAACACUUAACAUUUUAGCCAGUAAGACAGAGAUGGGACUUGCUGACCAUGAUGAGAGUUGCAGUCCCUGACCCCUGCUGUGUCAGAGAUAACCAGUCCACAGACGCCAGAUAAUGGACCUCGAUACAGAGCUUGUAUUUAGACUCAGCUUGUACUUUUGCAUUGCAUGUAUUUCCUGUUUCCUAAACCACAGGAGACCCUGCGUCUCUAUUUAAAGUGGUUUUUAGACCCUGUUAUCAUGCACAAAGCCUGUGUGAGGAUGCUCUGAUAUUUGCUCUCUGCUGUUUUAUUGCUGAAAGCCCUUUCUCUCAUUUCCUGCUCAAGCAAUGUGAGAAAGGCAGAUGUCGUCAAAUCUUAACUGCUUUUCUCCGUUGACCGCGUAGAAGUACAGGAAGCAGCAGACUUUGCAUAUGGCGGACGUUCUUUGGCGCAAUUGCGACAUCUGUGCGUCACCAAUACAAGAAGACAGCCGAGGAGAAACUGUAGGCUCAUACAGCUUGUGUGAAACUCAUAAUGAGAAUUGUUUAUUCAGAUGGCUUUAGUAAAAAUGAUAUGCCAACCCUGACAUUGGACGCAACGUUUGGUGCUGCCAUCCUAUUGUCAGACCUCGCUGUGUUUAGCUAACAUCAGAAAACAGGUAGCUAGCUAAUCUGCAGAUGAACAGAAACUGCCUUAACCCUCUGGCAGAACUCUGGCAAGUAGAGGAUCAUGGGAUUUGUAGUUUAAGAAAAGCUGGCAAUCCCUGGUGUAAGGAAUAUUAGUGGGACUUGGAAAACUCAGCCUAAUCAGAUUGGUAACCACUGAUCUGAUGUUCUGUUCACAUUUCAUGUAAACUGUGAGGAUGUGGGUGAUCUGUCACCCUUAUUCACCAACCUGUGAAGAGUAGAAAAUUGGCCGGAUAUAAGCCAAAAUUGUUGAGCAGGAUACAUUCAGCUAGUUGUUGUAAUUGGAUUUCAUGGUCUAAAAUUUGCACUACCCUUGUUAAGUCUCUGUAAUUCCAAGUUUUAUGAAUAGCCUCAGCCAUCAUUGAGUCCCAUUGACUCAAAGUCCUUUAUACAUGGUGAUUACACUGCCUAUUAUUAAUUUCUGUCUUACUAUGAUCAUACUGACUUUUUUAGAGCUUAGUAUGAUAUGUAAGUGUCAUUACUGUCCCUUUGAUUAAGGUUUGUUUUGAAUAUGAAGACCUAAGGGCUGUGGCUGUACUGUACCUUUAAUUAGAAUUCAGUAUUCUAUACUUAACUUUGUUUUAUCUAUAUUGUAGUUUGAAUUACAGCCUAGUGUGCCAUAGUGUGCAUAUAAUGUCUAUUACUAUCCUUUAAUUAGGACUUGAUGGACUUUACAUUACCCCCUAUUGUCCCAUUAAUUAGGCAUAAUUACCAUCAAACUUAUAACUUAUUAUAAUCAUAAUUAUCAUCAAAAUUAUUGUAUAUAGAUUGCAUUCCUCUCAGAUGUCCCUAUUUAGCAGGGACAGUCCAUAACAGUCAUAAAUCCCUCUGUUGUAGGAGCUCCAUAUUGUGUUUGGGUGUAUAACUGAGCUCCACAACAAUAAUACUACAGUAAUGUGUCUUUAACCCCUUCAGGACCGGACUGUUUGAGCCAUGUUGUACGUUAAGGACCAGAGCUGUUUUAACACUUUUGUGUUAAAUUAUAUAUAGUUUUUUUCAGGACAAGAAGGGCUUUUUUUAAAUACCAUUAUUUGUAUCAUGUCAUAUAAUUCACUUAAAAAAAUAAAUAAAAUAAAAUAAAAUAUGGUGAAAAAUUGAAAACAAACAAUGAUCACAAUGAUCACAACAAUGAUAUCAUCAGUGAAAGCGCCGUUUGUGUGUGAAAAAUGCAAAAAAUGUCACUUUCACUGACAAUAUCAUCGCUAAUAUUUGUGUUCAGCGAAGUCUCCAAAGUAAAACAGUACCCCCCAUGUACAGGUUUUAGGGUGUCGUAGAACGUUACAGGGUAAAAUACAGUGCUAGCAAAUUAAAUUCUCUGGACUUUCGGCCUGGGUUGUCAGGCAGGUCCCUCAAAUUGCAAUCAAUAAAAUGACCUGAUAAUGUAAAAAUAUUACAUAAAUACGCAUGAAGAAUUUAAAUAUAUAUACACAUUUAUAUAUUUGAAGUCUAUGUGUAUAUUUAUGAAAUUAUUUAUGUAAUUAUGUAUAUGGACAUAUGUAUAUUUCGUAUUAUUUUUAUUUAUUUAUACAUAGAUAUAUAUAUAAUUUCAUUCUAAGUGUAUUUUGAUAUAAAUAUAUAUAUAUUAAUAUCAAAAUACAGUUAGACUAAAAUUACAUAUAUAUAGUUUGUUUUUUCUUUAUUAUUUUUAGAUUUUUUUAUUUAUUUGUAUUUACUUACUUAUAUUUUAUAAUAAUAUAUAUAUACAUGUGUAAUUUAAUUAUACUUGUAGUUUUACAUUAAUAUAUACAUAUAUUAAUAUAAAAAUACACUUAGUAUGACAUUAUAUAUACAAGAUAUAUACACAUUAUAUAUAGAUAUGAUAUAUGCAAAUAUAUCUCAUAUAUACAUAUAUUAUAUAUAUAUUUUUUUUAAAUUUAUUAACAUAUUUUUAUUUUCAUUUUCUAGCAGCAGGCAGAUACUUGGACACCUAUUGCGGCCAUGUGACCGCUCUGUUAGAGUGAUCACAUGGCCCGUGAGGGCCUAAUUUGCCGAGGGGGGACUGUCUGGGCAGUCAGGCAGUCCUCCCAGAACCGGAGCAACGCCGAUCGCUGGCCGGGGAACGGCGGCAAUCGGGGAAGUAAUUAUGAUGGUUCAGGACCGUCAUCAGUCCUCAAGGGCAUGUUUCUGAUGACGGUCCUGAACCGUCAUUGGUCCUUAAGGGGUUAAAUUACAAUAAAUGUGUUUAGAAAUCAGUCCAUAUGAAAACGAUACAUUGGUCUUGUUCUAAUUUGCAUUUCAUUUGUAGAAAUUAUUAUUUCUAAAUCACCUAAAAUGCCUCAAAACAGCCCCCGGCCACCCCCCCCAUAACAAUUCUCAUAUUCACUAUGCUACCUGAGAACACAAAACAGACUCACAUAGUCAUGGGGUAAUCGGUCACAUGUGUUUAAAUUCCGAGUCCAAAAUGGGUUUUCAAAUGUAUUGAGAUAAAUUGUGAAUUUAUUUAAUUGGAGGAUGAUCUUAAUACAUUUGAAGAUUUGAUGCUGUGAUACAUUAAAGGGACACUAUAGUCACCAGAACAACUAUAGCUUAAUGUAAUUGUUCUGGUGAGUAUAAUAGCUCCCUUUUUUCAGAUAAAAGGCAGUGUUUACAUAGCCCGUAGGGACACCUCCAAGUGGCCACACCUUAGAUGGCCACUGUAGGUGCUUCCUGGCUCAGGGCUGCACAGUAAGCAGCCCUGCCGUUCAGCGUCCCCACGCUCUGCAUAGAGACGCUGAAUUUUCCUCAUAGAGAUGCAUUGAUUCUAUGCAUCUCUAUGAGGAGGUCCUGAUUGCCCAAAACGGCAUUUGGUCCUGCCCCAGUGCCGAUUUUAGAUAAAAAUUGCCCAUUUUGAUGUUGUCACAAAGGGGCGGACCCACGCGGUGCUGGAAAUAAGGUGAGUUUUAAACUUUUAUAGGGGGGCUAAGUGGGGUCAAGUCAUCUAAAUGGUGGGUUUAACACAAUAGGGUCAGGAAUACAUGUUUGUGUUCGUGACCCUAUAGUGAUCCUUUAAUAUAGUAGUUUGCGCAGUUUACCCAUCGCUGCAGGCGUUGGUUGUUGUCUGGUCCACACUCACACUAUGCUACACCUUUCAAUGAACUUGAAACCAGAUACUUAUGAAAUUCACUGGAAUGUUUAUGAGAAAGAUGACACCAUUGUGUUCACACCUGACCGCAGAGCUCAUUUGAUGACUAGAUAAAUAACUCUUCCUCCCAGAAAUCUCCAUAUUGUCACUGAUGACUGGAAUGAGGAAAACAUGAGACAUUGUGUCUUUAUUUCUCACUACGUUCCCUUUGAAAUCUUUCCCCACAUACGCCAAACAUCUUUGGGUUUUUUGUUGGUAGACAAACAUUCCCACUUUAAUAUUCUAUUUAUUUGGUUUUUUUUUAUUGGUGUUUUUGUGAGCUCGUCCAAACAAUGUUUCCUCCUUAUAUAAUGUAUUGCAACAUCCUGUAGAUAACCAAAGCUGCUUCUCACACUCCUGACUUGUUUUAGUUAGGCUUGUUAACGAGUCAGUAUUUAUAUGAAGAGCAGACACUUUGCAGGAUAUUCAAACUCCUAAUUGGGUUACUUUUUGCCAAUACUCAUUACUUUGCUUGCAGGUGGCUAAAGUUUACUCUCUAAACAGUGAGCUGUUGUGAGUUGUAAACCAACAAAAUUUAGGCUGGGAUAGCUAGGAUGAACUGAUGACUUUUCAGACAGAUUGGCUUUUGUGGCCUGUAUUUUACAAACCAAUUGGCAGCUCAGCCCAACUAACUGUUUAGUGAUAAAUAGUUGUCUGCAAAAAAAAUAUUUAAAAAAUAAUAAUAAUAAUUAGAAUUAUGCACAGUGUUUAGGAAGUUUAUUGAAUACUCAGUGUCCAACAAUAAUGCCCAUUUAGAGGGAGAUUUAGGAAUUUUUAUUGAAUGCAAAUUUACAGAACAAGUGCUCCAUUUGCCCCGUGUUCACAGCACAUAACCAGCACAUUAUGGGUUAUACUGAAAGAAAUAGUUAAGUCACCCACAUCGUUCCUAUUAAUCAGAGGGGGCUGCGGCCUGGCUCCCAUUCUGAUCUGAUGUAUCCACAUGCCUUCUAAAUACUAUAUAAACACUCAUACUAUUGCACCAUGAUAUGAAGGAAAAUGGAGGACAUUCUGUCAGAGACACCCUUUAUUUUUGUUUUUAUUUAAUACCUCCUAACUGUCCUGGAUCUAGAAGGAUUGUACUUAUUUUUGACCCCUGCCCCAACAUCUCAAGUGAAGAGUAGGUGCGACCCUAGUGCGACUACCUUCGCUCUAGAACUCACUUAACAUGCACAAGGGCUUUUUGUAGCAGUGAGUUUGUGGGGACCUGGUUAACACGCUGGCAGAUUGCAUUGUUUAAUGUAAACACAGCAUUUGUGACAGUAACACGUGAGCUGCAUCAGUAAUUUGCCCUUUACCUCAGCCACUCCCCCUUCCCUACCCAGUUUAUGAAGUUCAAAAAUUUGGCAAGUUUGCAAUUUGUGCCUCGCUGCAAAAUAUGUCGUUUAUUGAGGUGAGAAUAUAAAAAAAAUUUAACUGGAAAAAAAAAUAAAAUGUGGGGCACUCCAUUCAAGUAGCAAAUUUAAAAUAAUUAGAUACACUAGCUACAAGAUUGUAUAGGUGACCCCAUGAAUUAAUGAACACCUUUAUUAUGUCACUUGCAAGCUGCCUGUACCAAUGCUUGUUUUGGCUUUGGCCUUGUGGUGUACGUUUAAUUGUUCUAAAGACAAUGACGGGAACAUAGAUAUAUAUUAAUGCAGGUCAUUUUUUACCUAUUUUUCUGUAGAAGGCUUUCCACUGACAAUAAUAAUUAACUGUUAUUUUAUAAUUUGCUGUUUCUAGGACACAGACAGAAGCUUGAUGACUCUAAACCUAGUCUGUUCUCUGAACGGCUCAGUGAUUUAGGGCGCAUCCCUCAUCCCAGUAUGAGAGUGGGGGUCCCAACUCAGAGUCCACGCCCCUCCAUGAACUCUGCACCAAGUCCUUUUAAUCCACAAGGACAGAGUCAGAUUGCAGGUAAGGGGCAGCCGUGGGGGAUUCAUAGAAUUUAUUAAAUUAGGAUUGGGGAAUAAUUCAUCUCAAAAGGGGUAACUGUUUUAAAUAAGUACCAUAGUGGUCCCCCAUAUUUAUCGUAGUCUUUUGCUUGCAGCGGGUAUUUUAAUGGCCAUCACUAGUAGUUUGGAAGGCUUUGUUGUCAAAGAAGGAGAAGAAAAGGUUUCUACAUAGUUAUACGUGUUUAAACAUAUUGUGGAAAGAUAGUCAAUGAACAACCUCUUAAUUUUCUUUAGUUAGUGUUCUCUGUGAAUGGUUUGUCAUUGGUUAGCCUGCUAGAGUUUUCUCUCAAUAUUUUGCAGAGGAGUUAGAGCAAUUAUUUUAUUUUAAAUUUAUUUUAUUUAAUAUUUUAUAAUGAAUAAAAAAAGUGCAUGUUCUGUGUACUCUAUAUUAAUAUAAUAUUAAACAAGAAAAGUCCAUAUAGGUUAUAAGACGCCUUACAUAUAAUGUAAAGUAGAGAUCGAGAUACCACUGGUGGGUUAACUAGUGUCUAAGUCUGUCUGACAUAUUCACAAUUGUUUGUAAACAUUCUACACAUGACUGUAAAAUGUAUCUUAUUCGGAGCAUCAGAGCAAAGUACUGGGUGUCCCUAGACCAGGGCUGUCCAACCUGCGGCCCCCCAGAUGUUGCUGAACUACAACUCCCACGAUUCCCUGGCUAUCUGUUUCAUUGAAAGAAUCAUGGGAGUUGUAGUUCAGCAACAUCUGGGGGGCCGCAGGUUGGACAGGCCUGCCCUAGACAUUGUAACAUUACUUCAUCAUUAGGGAGCUCCAACGCUACAAAUUUGCUGAAUAUUUUCACCUAAGCUCAGAUGGAUAUUGGCAAAAAGUAUAAUUGUAAUUUUACACUUUUUUUUUUUCUGUUAAAGAAAAUACUAAAAACAUACUAUUGGGAUUAUGUAAGCAGAGCCUAUUGAAAUCUAUGUGCAAAUGACUGUGCUAAGAGUAGAAGACAAUCAUACUCAAAUGUCAUUUGGAAGAGAUGCAUGGACCUGACUACUAGAGAGAACCUGGGAUGGGAAUGAGAUUAGAUAAAGGAUUGAGGCUUUGGAAUGGGCUUAUCCAAGGUGUCAGAAAAGCAAGGAGUAGUGUACAAUCAGUCAGGCAGCGAGGUUGCAUUCCAGGGGAAUGGUGUGCAUCUGGGAUAAUGUCUGAAAAUCCAUUGAGCUGCCUACGUAAUGCUGGUGGCUUGUUGUCAGACUUUCUGGCCCUUAGGCAUCAUUGUGGAUAAGACACACUAUUGUGGUGUACUGAUAAAUGCACGACCCUACAAACCUGUAAAUGGCCUUGUAAAUGGACUCUCGGAUUGACGUUAACCAGCACUUUCUUGCUAUGGGGUCCUACCAUUAAAUAUACCUGCAGCCUAGCUUGCUGACGCACUUUGUGUAUGAAUAGUGUGUGUGUAAUAGUGUGCAAAUACGUGUCAUUAAGCUGCAGUGGAAGCCUGUGAUUGGACAGCCAGAGGAAGUCUGGUCUGGGGAAGAAAGUCAGGGCUUGCAAAGGCUGCAGACAGCAGAUCUGCAGGUUUUAGAUAUACCCCCAAUUUCAAAAAGGCUUUAUUAAAGGAACACUAUAGUCACCACAACAACUACAGUUUACAGCUCACUCAGCCGGCCACUAGAGGUGCUUACAUGUUCUGCAUGGAGGCGCUGAAUGUUCCCCACAGAGAUACAUUGACCCAUAUGAGGAGAAGCUGAUAAGCCGGCGCAGCGUUUUGCCUCGUUUGUGUAUUAGGUUCCCAAUGCUUUCCUAUGAGAUCAUAAGAAUUGUCGAUCUCAGCCAAGGAGGCGGAGCGGGGUCAGGACCAGCAUUUUAACAAUUUUUAGGGGGGGCUGGGCUACCUAACGUGAUUAACACUAUAGGGUCAGGAAUGCAUGUUUGUAUUUUUGAUCCUAUAGUGUUCUUUUAAAUGCACGUCUUCAUUUGGGUAUAACUACUUAGUAUGGAUUAUUUAUUAUUUUGUAUUUUGGGCGGUGUAGUGUCCCUUUAACUUAAAUGGUUCUUUUGAAAAAGGCUGUACAUUGACAGCUUCAUGAGUUAUACAUUGGUGUGUGUGAGUUUAGCUUUCCGAUAUGACUAUCUGUAUACAUGGCUUUUUUUACAAAGUUAUGGUUGCCUUGUGAUUAAUACUGAGAACCUGAUUCAUGGAGCAUUAAUAAGUGAACUACAUAUAUAUAUAUAUAGCUUGUUUGUGUUAAUGUCUUCCAUUAAGGAAAAACUAGUUCCAUACUAUUCAUAUGCAUUCCACUUACAUCUCUGGAGAUUCUGAGACAUUCCUCUGCAAUAUUCUAAAAUUUUUCCAACACAUUCAUGGGUAGAUAGUUUUAUCAAAUACAUGUUGAAUUGUAUUAGAUAAAAAAAAGCCACACAACACAAGGCUUACGUUUUUAAGAAUUCUCCUGUGACAGACUUGGAAAAAAAAGCUGUCAGGAGGGUUUAGUCAUCGAGUGUGAUCUCGUUGUGCACUUACUGCAUGCGGAAUUUCCAAACACGUAUACUGUCAUCACCUAACCUUAGAUCUGCUGCUGAUGGCCUCCGGCUAGUGAUUUAGCUGAGUGAUUUGUCCUUUGCAGCCACAGUUAUUAGUUGUAAAAUUAGCCUUUCGACUUGACAAGUCCUAGUUUGUCGAUAAGUACACAAGUAUAAUCUUCCCAGACAUUGGCAUGUAAUAUACACCGACUUGGCAGAUGUCUGUACUUUAACGUGAGUUGGAUGCUCAGUUACUUGUCUCUUUCAAAGCAAGUGUAGUGCAAGAAGUAAAUAGUGUCUCUUUCUUUCAAGGAGGGGGAAUAUUAUUACAGAGCAUCCACGAAAGCCACCGUUAGACGUAGGGUCUUAUUCCUAUGUAAAAAACAAUGUCUCUUGUCAUAUACAGUGCUAGCAAUAAUAUUUUCAAUGAGUUGGUCAUAUUUUUCACAUUUUCUCCCUUAUGUAUAAAUACAGUUUAAUGGAUGGCAGAUUUGACAUGGUAUUUUUUUGCGCCUGUUAAAAACAGUACGAAAUCAGACAUUAGUGUCAUUUUAAAAAACAAAAGAAGGACUAUCCCACAUUUCUAUGCACAUUUAAAUAACUGGAGGGUUUUUAUGGUAUCACUCCAAUGGCCAUUAAAGUGUAAGCUUACCUACCACGUCAAGGCAAAAACUCUUGGGUAAGUCCUACACUAGCAAUUCACCUUGCACUACAUUAACCCUUAUUAACCCUUAAUAGGGAACACAUUGGUAGACGGCAGCAUUGUAACAUAGCUGUGUAAUACAAACGCAAAUAGGAACAUAAAAAAAUGAAGCACUAAAACUCCCAUUACUCAUGGGCGGCAGCAAUGACUACAGUACAUAUCAGCCCCAAUGCAUACAAUGAAAAUCAAGAGUGUUAACUCAACAAGAGAUGGCACGGAACAUCUACAAAUCAGGCAGGGCUAUUGGCUAAACUCCGAAUGCUCACAAAUAAUAUACCAGUGCCCAAGCUGAGGCUAAAAUGUGGUUGAUCUCGAGAAUUUUUCCAGAUCAACAAUUUUUCCAGAUCAACAAUCUUCGGAAACUAUAAAGUAAUUUGAAAACUGUAUCUAGAAAAUAUUAUCAUCUCUGGGCAUUUAUUAUGUCGGUAGGGGAACACACGAAUUAUAUACCGGUAGUUCCAUUUAUUAAAUGACAGGAAAGGCAAAUUAAAUAUAAUACACACAUGUGCUUAGUGCAAAAAGCUUGAAACCAAUAAGCACAGAUAUAGAAUCCCUUUAAACAUCGAGAAUGUGGAUCACAACCAAGAUUAAAAAUGUUGACCACAGAUCCUGGUGCUCAACACAAGGGAUCUAGCUAAUCAUGCCAACAAAUUAUCAGUAAAUAUUAAUUGUAAAGCACAGCGGAAUUUGUGUCAUAUCAGCGUAAGAGUUUCACCAAAGUAAAGGCUAGAAGAAUGUCUUGCGUUCGCCAAAACAUGUACAGGUUAAAAUGUUAAUGCAUAAAGUCACAGAAUUGAGACAGAACGCUGGACUCCCCUUUUCAUUCACCUCCCGUAGAAUACACAUUUCUAUGGUUUAUAUAUUCUCAACGUUUAUUGUAAAGACCAGCUUAAAUCAGGGACUACUGCAGUCUACGAAUUUUUAGAUGACACGUGAAAUCUUCACUCGCUCCACACUUGGCACUGGCAUUUGCUAUUACUUUUAGGUGAUAUAAGUCAUUUUAUAGAUCCUAUGACUUUUUGCAAGCGAUGGUAAAUAUGUGUGUUUGUCUAUUGGUGCAAUGUAUGAUGUUAAACUAAAUUAAACUUACCAGCAAAUAUUGAAUCCAGAAUCUUUGAGAUUCCCUCUUAUUUUAGGAGUGGAAGAGAGUUUCCUAGUCUUAAAUAUCUUAGAGACUCCGUUAAUCACCCAGCGUUCGUACAUACUGUGUUAAGAUAAUUUUGUCUAUUAGGAAACUGUCACCAGAUAAUUUGAAUGGGACCCAGUUUGCUCUAGUCUGUGGGACUGACCCUUUCAUUGAUGGAGGAUAUUGUAAGAAAAAGGCGGUUGUGUUUGGCAACUGAUAAGUUAAGCUCUGUCUUGUUUUCUUUUUUUUGUUUGUUUGUGAGCCAUGCUGAAAAUAUCACUGAGCGGAUAAAAAGAAACCUCAGAUCUUCAGCAUGUGCAGCGUACGAGUGCUGGGGUUGAUCUUCAAAGCGAGAGCGCGACUUGUUUGGAAGCAGAUAACUAGCAAGGCUCAGUGUUUGAAGCUUGGUGAAAUGUUUGCCUGUAGCACUCACAGGAAGGAGCUGUUUGCAUGCGAGCCUGUAUCUCGAGCUUGCUUCCUCGCUCUUCUUGUGUUCAGGAAGUUUAGCUUCUCAUGCAGACUAUGCGUGCUGCGACCUAUUCUUUAUCACUCAUACCUACCUUACAGAAUUAAAAUGGGUUAUUGUUUGAUCCUUAUCACAUUUCUCUUAGAAACUGUUUAUCAUAUUAUUUUUUCAUUUGAGAUCAACUAACCAACCUAAUGUAAUGCAUUAAGAGACACACACAUAAACUACACUAUACAUUCACAAUGUAGAUCCUUAUAUUCUAUUUACUAUUCUGGUCAGUAGAAUACGCUACUAUAUAAUAUUUGGUAUAGGAUUGGUGUCCUUGGCAGACCUUUGAGUUGGAGAUCCUUGAGAAAAAAUAUAAUCGGCAUCAAUUUUAAGGUUUCUAAAAUAUUAUUGGCAAUGCUAUUAGCUAAAGGGAAGGUCUAGUCUUGUGUACGCUCAUCUUUAUCUUUGUUAUCAGUUUAGUUUAUCUAACCUUUUACGGUCUAAGCACAGCAAUAUAUAACUAUGUACAUUUCUAUUUAUGGAAAGUCUUACUGAGCCACGUUUAGACCCACUUGUCCCUCUUUUCUUGGAGCACAACAUUUUCUGUGUUACAAGUAUGUUGUCAUAGAGGUCCCAGUAACAAACCUUACCGUAAUGUGUGGGGUGUGUGAGUGUAUAAAGAGCUCUGUUGCAAUAAAACAUAACGUACUGUGUGCAGUGUAUGAGUGUAUCGUGGAUCUAUACUAUAGUGGAACUUAAGGUAAUGUUCAAUGUGUGCGUGAAUGUAGGAGGUAAGGUCCUUCACUUGCUGGCUGUAAAUGGCUCUAAAAAUAGAAAACAAGGUCUGAUCAAAGUAUCUCUGUCGCCUGAACAUUUCAGUGGAAUAUUAAUUGUCAUCAUGGGGGUUGCAACUUUAUUUGCAAUUACCCCUUGAAAGUCUGCUAGGGUUUUCCCAUGUGGGUAGCCAUAUUUGAAUUACAUGUGAUGUCAGCAGCCUCUAGCUAUAUGUUGUGCAUGAAUAAGGGGAAUGGUUCUAUGAACUAUCCGAUGCUGUGUGCUCAACAUGCCAAAGAUUCGCUGUUAACUUUUUUUUUUUUUUUAUAAAAAAAAUCAACUCAACAUAUAGACUUUUUAAAAUAAUUUUUAAUGCUGUUAGGGAUUGUUUUUGGUGUCAGAGCCACUUUAACUAAUUACUUUGCUGUAGAGAAAAGGAAUAUCUUACAAAUGGCAAUGGCACCAGAGAAGAUACCCUUAGGUUUGCAUAUAUGAUUGUAUAGGAGUUAAAAUCCAUUUGAAUUUAUUGACAUCACAAAUGUCUAAGAUAAUACAUAGUAGAUAGGUUAGAAUAUGAAAGUUGAGCCUCCCGUGAUCUGACAAGGAAUCUUUAGAUCGUUAGUGUCUUCAAAGACAUUAACCUUAUCAAUGUUCUCCAUCACUUUUUUCUUUAUAACAAACAUACAUUCCUCCAAUCUGUUCGCCUGCUAACAUGGGACCACGUUUUCUGUCACAUAUGUUUAAUAUAAAGGUUUGUGGAAGAUAGUUAAUAGAUGUAAAGUCUAGAAACCUAAACUUGAACUCCGUCAGACAUCUUGGAGUCAUAGUACAUAAUUAAACCCCGGUAUCCCCGAAUAUGCACUUUUUAUUCCCCACAUUUGUAUCCAUCACUCAUAGCCAUAUGGACUUCUCGUCGGGAGCACUAAUUUCCUUUCGUCCUGUUAUUCUAGUGCUAUUAGGGUGGUGCUGUACAGCCGUUUUGGCAGCAUGGAGUGUCGUGCCGUUUCCAUAAGUCAUAUUGUUUGUUUUAUUUCAAUUUUAUUUCCUAAAAUUUUCAACCAAAGGAAAUCUAAACUGCAGGGUUUCGUUGAGAAGCCAAUUUAUGCAAGAGGGAGAAAACCUAUCUGGAGUUUUGUAGGUCAGACUAAUGAGGUCUGGUUUAAUAAUUGAGAAACCAUUUAGUCUGUAAACAGUGAUCCACCAUACUUACUGCAUGUCCGUUUAAAUCGAGGAGGACAGAGAUACAAGUCGGACGUCGUCCAACCAAGACUUGGUCCAACUCCUGGACGGUCAUUAAUGGGAUUAAUGAUUUCUUUCCUCUUGGAAUUACUUGACUUUGCUGAAAGUGCUUCUGGUUAAUGCAGAAAUUAAGCAUUUUGGCAACUUGUACAGAACAUGAAGCAGAUUUCUUUACUUUGUUUUUGUUUUGCACUGUCCUUGUUUUUUUUGUUGUAAGGGCAUGAUUAACAGGCAAUAGGUAGCUUAAUGGAAUAUCACACACUGGGUGGGGAUGCAUUUAUAUUUUUGGGUCAGGACUAUCAAAAUAAAAUAUAUAUUUUACUUUUGUAUUAAUACAAGGAUAGAAAAUAACAGAUAUAUGUAAUAUUUCUUUUUGUUGACAGACACAUGCACAAUACAUGGUUAAUUAACGCUUAAAUAACAACGGGGAAAAAUAGUUUAUGUGGUAAUUCAAUACACAAUGUAUUGACCAUCAGCUGGCAAACGUUAGAUCAAAGUACCUUGAUGCAUAAAAUAUAUUGACUUGAAUGCUUAGGACAUUUUAUUCAAUUUUAGCUAUUGUGCCCAAAGUAUUGUUGGCUGUCAAUGUACUGCAGAGCACUGUUUAUUGAAAACAUCCCUUUAUGAGAGAAUGCAUUUUUAAAGCUUGAAGUAGUCAGGGAGGUAUUUCAUCCCACUUCAGGUAAAAGAUAUCAACAACUUAAAAUAUUCUUUUUUUUUUACUUUUAGACCCCAGGCAGACACAGUCAUCCCCUCCAUGGUCAUAUGACCAGUCAUAUCCGUCCUACUUGAGUCAGAUGACAUCUCCAUCCAUUCAUUCCACAACUCCAUUGUCGUCCACCCGAGGUACAGGGCUUCCAGCUAUCACCGAUGUGCCCAGACGCCUCUCAGGUAAUGUGCAGACCAUGUCCCAGUACCAGCACUCAUACCAUUACGGUAAACAUUGCAAACCAACAUGUAUCUCUUGACCAUUUCCUUGAUCUGCAGUGAUUUUGCUUCACUAGAUAUUUUCUCUUGGUGUUAUAAAGUAACCUAAAACAGUAUGGAUAGACUGUGUAGGCAGUUGUCUCCUAAAGUAGUCCUUGAAGUGUCAUCAUCAAGGCUCUGAUCCUGAGUGUUCUUCAAAAGGAUGAUAAUAUGCCACGAUUCAAUAGCCAGUAGCAUUAGAUUGAACACAUGAGAGCAUAUGAAAAUAAUUAUUAAUAAAAAUAGAAGAGAAUAGAAAAAAACUACAAUAAUAUUCCCAGACGUGUUCAAUUAUAAAACAUACCUUUUCUUUAAAAACAUCAUUUAAAAACAAGUUUUAGACUUGCAUAUGUGUAUGAAGUAUAAAGAAUUUGAGGCAAUGCCAGUCACAAAAUAAAUCAUGAUUAAUUCUGCUUCUGUGUAAUAAAGUGUGUAAAGAGGUCAGGAGUGGUAAACAAAUCGAAGCAGAAUUAAACAUGAUUCUCUUCUGAUAUCUCGAAUAAGCUAGGGGUUACGCUCCCACCCUCCCAUCUAUCUUGACACGGGUUCCUUAAUGUAUUUCUGUUAUGUUAAUAAAAAUAGACUGUCACAUUUUCUCUUUUAAUGUUUAUAGUCUACACAGUCUACAUAUCCCAAUAAAUCCUAUAUAUAUAUAUAUAUAAAGUAGUUGCCAUUUGUAAUGGGAAAACUAACCUUUGUAUUAUUAAUACACAUUGACUUAAAAAUAGUCAUGGAAACCUAUCUAAAGGCUUGUUUGAAAAAGGGAAUCUGUUAGUGUUAGGGAUACAAAUCAUUAUAGUGACCUUUGGUCCUCCCCCAUCCUUCACACACCCCCUGGCUUCCAAGGGGUUAAAAAAAACUUUUAAAACUUACCCGAUUCCAGCUCCGUAGUCCCCCGGUGCUGGGUCGGUGCUCCGCCUCCCCCACAUCAUCUGAUGGGGGGUCGAGGGGGUGGCUAAUGCGCGUGCGCCAAGUGCAUUAGACCCUCACCGUAGGAAAGCCUUGAUCAGCCUGGAUUGACACUUACUAGAGGCAGCAUUAGUCUUGCAAUGUAUUUAUUGCAGUUUCUCAUACUGCAAUGUUUUACAUUGCAGGACUAAAUGGGACAGGGACACUGAGAUGAAGUGGUCUGGGUGAAUAUAGUGUCCCUUUAAGUUGAGAUGAACCAAGCAUCAUCAUAAACCAAAGUUGAUUUGCAUUAAAUGCCUUGGCUAUGCCUUAUCAGAAGGCAAUGUUAACAUCACAGCACAUUUAAAACACAAACACAAUAACACUGAUUUAAUACGUGUUUAGACUUACUUGGUUGUGUGGGUGUGUAAAAAACACUCCUUGGGAAGUUGGUAGUUUACAUAUGAAUACUACAAGACAACAUGGAUAAUUAAUUUAUACAAAAAUAUGUUUCAUUAUUAUUUGUAAAUAAAGUUUUUGUUUUGAUAAAAACUUUAAUGACAUAAAAAAAAAUCAUUGCAGAUAAUUUAACCUGUAAGUCUUUAAUCUAUUAUCCAAUCUCUGAGUGGUGUUACCCUCGAGCUAUGCCGCUUUUAAUCCGAGCCGGAAAGGCAGACAAUUAAAAAUCACAAAGCAGACUAAACAGACACAUUGUGCGGCUAUUGUGCGACUAUGUUGAUUGUUUUUCAGUCUGUUCAUUUGCACUAAUUAUGCUGGUGUGUGGGUGUUAUAAUUGCUGCAGUCACACCCAGCUCUGCCCAAGUUGGUAUCUAGCCAAGGAAAUAGGGGCAUUAAACCGUCUUUACUCUUAGAACCAAACAUCACAAAGAAAACAAGCUUCGUGUAUUAAUAAACAGAUACGCAAUAUUGCAUCACACCACUUAGGGACCUCUUACCCUGCCCAGAGUUUACGUUUAAAACAAAUGCUGCCAUUGAGUCUUUUAUAAUGGUGUAAAUAAUACACAAUCCCUUUAUUAAUAAAAUCAUUGAAAUAAUUAUCAGCCCCUUGUCUCUAGUGAAUAAACAUCCCAUGGACAAUAAUAUAUAAUUAAAGGGGCACUAUAAGGUACCCACACAUUAGGUUUCCAAUACUGAAUAUUUUUUUAUUUUUAAAUUAAUCUUCUUUAGGUUUGUAAGUUUUUUACAAAAUAAUUUGUUUUGCUCCAUUAGACAAAUCCUUGUGUGUCAGCAUUUGGACCUCCUUGCACCAAAACAAAUUCAUUCGGGUUACAUUUUUAUUGUGCCCCUUUAAUCAUAUACCUGGCUUUAUUCAGGAAUGAUCACUUUGCAGUAUCUGUCUUCAUGUGCUACUUUUCAUGACGCCAUGAAACCUGGGUUCUGGUGUGAAUUCAGUAGUGAAUGGCUUACAUAAUUAAAACCUGGAACAUGUUCCUUUUCUUUAAAUUGAAUCCACUGUUGUCACACAGUUCUGUAACCUCUAAGCCACCCUCCAGAAAAGUAUUUAUGUAGUACGGGUGAUCGUUUGUCAGUACAAACGUACAACUUUGUAGAACUCCUUCAGACUUAUAAACACUGAAUGUUAGUGAAUUAAAUCUGAAGGGCAAAAUUGAGGCUACCGUUACCAAGCUGUGACUAUCAGUGUGUUGGAGAAAUUUUCCAAAUCAGUUAAUUUAGUCUCAGUUUUGCCUUUUGAUUCACUAAAAUUUGGUGUUAAUAAAUAAACUUGUGAUAUGACUUUUCGCUGAAAAACCCCCCAAAAACAGCGCUUCCCAAGAAAUAUAGCUAAGAAAGAAUAACUACAACUUAGUAGACAGAUAACGUGUGGCCCCUUUUUGGGGUGACAUGCGACUGGGCUCCUAAUCAAACAAGUGGAUUGCAUAAGCUUAGGCUUUCAGCUUUUUCUGGACUACAACUCCCUUUACUCUCAGCCAGCCGUAGUUAUAACUACAUUCUCGCUCUUUCUUUGGUGGACAGGAUGAGCUUCUACAGUCAGAGCGUGUGCUAGAUCUACCCUGGGUCAGGCGAUUCAAAUCCUCGUUGCAGAUAUCUUGUAGAGAAAUCACGUUCUUUAUUCCUUCUUGAUCCUUGGUAACAAAUUUUCAGCUCUGCGCACUCCCAGGGGCCAUGAGUCACACUGACCUCUGCAUAAGGCUUUUAAAACAUGCUUCAUCAAAGGUUAAACCCUCACGUAACCUCUCCCCGAAGCUUCUUUUGGGGAGAUUAACUUUUCAGAAAUUCACUGGGAUUAUAAAUGAUACUUAGAAACAAAAACGCUAAUUAACCACACAUGUUAUCAAAUAAAGCGCAGGCUUUGUACUUGUGUUUUUUUCUCUGAUACUAGACAGGAAUUUGAUCAAUUGUAGAAAUGGCAGGUGCUAGUUACUGUUGGAAGAAGGCAGACUCCUACAAUUUGCCGAAGUCAUAAAUCAUCAGAUUCUUUCUUUUGGGAUUACCCCCCGCCCCCCCAUUUUCUGCGGCUCCCCACCCUUGAUAAAAGCUAAAACAAAGGCAGACCGGGUGGGUUUGUCGUCUGCGCGUGUUUAAAGUCUUAUCAUGGUCUCGUAACCACAUCUGAAGCCACUCGGCUAGUUAUGAAUUUCAUGGAAACGGAUUCUAUCAAAGUGUUUCCAUAUGCUGUUUCCCAGUAUAUCUCGUCCUUUCGGAGCGGAAUACAAACGCACGCAAGGCUGUAAAUGACUUGAGGAUGUGACAGUGAAGUCACAUGACCGCCGUGGCUCUGUGUGUGGCCCCCUGUUAGAUAAACCAGCUGCCAGAGGGUUGGCAUUUGUUUUGCAGUAUAUCUGGUUUCAAAGCAAAGCCUUUUCCCAGUUUUUGGAGUUCCUAAUCAAUCUGUCAGGGAGCCCUGCUGGUUUCCUCUCAUUGAAAAGUGUCUUUUUUUGAAGGAGAAGGCUUUAUUAUGGAAUACAUGGCAAAUCUAAAGUAAUGUCUCAUCUGCCAGCGUUACUUUCUCUUGAAAUAUGGGCACUUGAAAGAUCUCGCUUGUUAGAGAUUUAUUACAUUAUUAUAAAAUUCUACGGCCAGCAUGAUCUUUCUGUUUUUUCAAUUCGAAAUAAUAUGCUUGCACAUCUCAUCACCUAGAGCAGGAGGUAGGACACCGUCGGACCUCCAGAUGUUGUGGACUACAUCUCCCUUGAUGCUUUGCCAACAUUACGGCUGUUAAGAGCAUUAUGGGACAUGCAGUCCACAACACGUGGAGUGCCAAAGGUUGCCUAUCCUUGAACUAUAGAACUUCUAAACGCAGAAAAGUAGUUAUUUUCUAUAAUAUCCUAUCUUUGUUUAUUAGAUUAGCCCCAAAUCGUGUGAAGGACCAAUGUCAGAUGAUGCUUUUGUCCUAUGACACCCUGCUCAGUGAUAGCUUGUCCUGGUCAUGUGUUGUGUAAGGCACCUGACCGUAUAAAGCAGGUAACUCCAUCUGCAUGGACAGAAUUGAUACGAUGACAUGGAUUGUCAAUUUGUCACCGCUCUCUAAGGGGUUAAUACAUGUAUUGGAAUAAACACUGGUGACUCUCGCAGGAGUGGAAUACAUUCUGUAAACAUUCCAGAAAAUAGAAAAUAGAAUUGAAAAAUGCUAGACCGGAAAGUAAGCUUAAUUUUAUUUAUUUAUCAACAGUCAUACUUCUUUGCUACUCCGUAAGUUAUAUUUAACCCUUAAUGAUGAGAGAGAGUGCUAAGGCUCUAUAUAUAUGAGAUUAAACGAUUGAGAGCCCCAGUAGGGAACAUAGAUUAUAUGAGUUAGAGUUCAGGAUUAUGAGAGUUAAAUUUAGGGAUUGUAGGGGUUAAGUCAGUUAGGAGCAAGAGUUUAAGGCUUGGGGCUACUGAAUUUGGGAGUUAUAGGUGUUAGAGAGGAGUUGGGUUAGAGAUUUAGGAGUUACAGGUAGGUACAGGCGUACCUUGGAUCUCUAGUGCCCUUGGCGAGAAGCUGUCUCGGCCCCCCCUCCACUCCCCCAUGAAAAAGUAAACAUUUCAGUUUUGUCUGGUUUUUGGAUCAAUUUCAAUCAUUUUUUAUUGUCUGCAUUUCCAUAGUGAGCAUGGCACUUGGUAUUUGAGCAUAGUACCCAAAUGAGAUUUAGGUUAAACAUGCUGUAUCACAUUCAAACGAAAUAUAAAACCUGUUCCUGAGGAUUCUUAGGACCAGAGUCCUGCCAAUCACCCAAAGUCCUCCCCUCUAUAUGAAAUCAGUGCAAGGAGAACUCACACAAAUCCGCCCAUCUGCUAGUACACAUGGAAUAGCAAAGCUCCAUACGCAAUGCUUUCCCAAUAAUGCCAAUAAUAAUAAUAAUAAUAUGUGUUAACAGCUACAAAUCAUACAUAUAUAUUUACACACACAUAUUUAGACUUGUGUGAUGAUGGUGAUGUGCCAGAGGAAUGCUUGUCACCAUCACACAGGCACAUCUUUGUCUCCCCCGAUGUCUUCCAACCCCUUACAUCUUUGUCUCCCCCGAUGUCUUCCAACCCCUUACAUCUAUGUCUCCCCCGAUGUCUUCCUACCCCUUACAUCUAUGUCCCCCCCAUGUCUUCCUUCCCCUUACAUCAAUGUCUCCCCCCAUGUCUCACUACCCCUUACAUCAAUGUCUCCCCCCAUAUCUCCCUACCCCUUACAUCUAUGUCUCCUCCCAUGUCUUCCUACCCCUUACAUCAAUGUCUCCCCAUGUCUUCCUACCCCAUCAAUGUCUCCUCCCAUGUCUUCCUUCCCCUUACAUCCUAUGUCCCCCCAUGUCUUCCUUCCCUUACAUCAAUGUCUCCCCCAUGUCUCACUACCCACAUCUAUGUCUCCCCCAUGUCUUCCUACCCCUUACAUCUAUGUCUCCCCCAUGUCUCCCUACCCCUUACAUCUAUGUCUUCCCCCAUGUCUCAAUACUACUUACAUCUAUGACCUCCCUCCCAUGCCCCCCCCAUCCUUUUCAUCCAUAUUUCCCUCCUCCUUCCCUAAGGCAGGCAGCUUUAAGACUAACAGCCUGCUCUAUGCUACACACUGUUGCCCCCCUCCCUGCUGUUUUACCUCACAUAGCAGGGGAGAGGGACCUCUGAACGACCACACCUGGUGGCGCAUUGAUUCAUACUGAGCGCCGGGUGGUCACAUGACACCUGUCGCUCCUAAGCAGAGUCACCAUUCUAUCAUUCCGGACAAACCAUAAGAAGGUCCUGUGCACCAUUCACUUCCUAGCACUAAUCAUGUUUGUCCAUCAGCCCCAAUCUCAGAUGCAUUUUUCUUUGAAAUUCUUUAAAAUACUUUUGUAUGUCGUGUGCCUACGUGAAUCUCAAGUCAUUGCGUAAAGCAAAUAUUUGAUUUGUAAAUGUCUGCGAUCACACUCUGUCAAGAGUCCAGGGCUCUUAUCUCUCCGUGGGAUGAAUGUAUCAAUGCGUAGGGUGCUUUACUCUGAAUAUAGCUCUAUUACGCGAGGGCUGAACCAUAAUUAUUAUUUUACUUGUGAGUAGAUGAAAUAGCCGUGGCUUUAUAGUUUUGUGUCUUAUUAAAAUAAAUAAAGCAGCUUAUUAAAAUAAAUGUUUACAAACAAAAACAUGGGGACUUCCCUGUGAAGGUUUCCACUACUUAAUGAAGGGAAAUGGAAUGUUUAUAAAGUUACUGCAAACAUUUUCCUUGCUCCACCUGUUUUAAUGUGCAAUCAUAGAGCAUUGCCGGGUUUUUAUCUAUAACAAGUUUGCCAUUGUUAAAUUCCUUUUUUUUAAUUUUUUUUUUUUUUUAUACUCAACCCUCCCUAGAGUUUUUCCAAUGGAACUGUCAUUGCCUAGGUGUUCUCUUUAACGCCAACCUCACCUUCACCCUUCGUGUCCAGUCAAAUCCUGCCCCUUCCAUCUCAUCCCCCCUAUUUAACGCUGGACACGGCUAAGGUGCUGGUCCAUAUACCACUAUCCUCUCUCGCCUUGACUACUGCAAUCUGCUUCUCAGUGGUCUUAUGUAUUCCCAACUUGCCCUGUUACAGUCUAUACAGUAUUAUUAUUAUUACUAUUUAUAAAGCGCCAGCAAGUAGCGCUGUACAAUGGGUGGACUAACAGACACGUAUUUGUAACCAGACAAGUUGGACACACAGCAACAAAGGGAUUGAGGGCCCUGCUCAAUGAGCUUACAUGCUAGUGGGAGUGGGGUAAUGUGAUACAAAAGGUAAGGGUAGGGUACCCUUAGGCUUAGUGUUUUGUAUAUAAGCAAGGAUUAUCUUCCUUUUCACCUGCACCUCUCUAGCCUCCUCCCUCUGGCUGAUAUCGGGCUCAAUUUAAGAUCCUGGUACUUGCUUACAAAUCUCUACAUAUUGCUGCUGCCACUUACCUAUCCUCCCUAAUACACAAGUAUGUCUUGUCCAGGUCCCCACUCUCUGCCAAAAACCUGCUUCUGUCCCCUGUUUGUACUCUCACCUCUGACGUUCAUCUUCAAGACUUCUCUAGGGCUGCACUGUCCCUGUGGAACUCCCUUUUCUGCUAAACUCUUACCCAGUCUUUGUUCCCUCAAAAACCUAUUGAAAACUCUCUUCUUCAGGAAAGCAUAACAAUUAAACUGUUAAUAGCUUUCCCUCCCUCUCUUAAAUAGUCAUUUAUUUUAAUUCAUUCAGAAUGAGUGGAGAAAUACACUAUUGCUGCCUGAUAGUAAUGGGUAGUUGAGUCUCAUGUACAGCAGAGCCUUACCAUUACUUUGACCAUAUUAAUCUAUAUUAUGAGAGCAUCUUUAUGUUUUUUUACACUGGUUUCAUUUUAUAUGAAAUAUAGGAAGACCCGUGUGGGGAGUAUUUGUGCUGCUUGUAACCGGUCACUGCAGUGUCUGCUCAGCUCAUUGUUAUAAUGAUCUUCUGGCUUGCUGAGCAUCACGGGGAAUGUGCCUAACAAGCAUAAUCAUUGGCAUUGUUAGCUAUCACCGGCUGGGGUGACCAGACCUCAGUUAAAAUGGACCUUGCACUAAAACCACUGGAGCCUUGUAAAGUGUACUUCCUAUUUUAUACAACAAAGAUCUUCUCUUUUUAUAAGAUAUGUAGUACAUCUCGACAUCUGGUCUUUUUACUGAAGUGCCUGAGAAUAGAUGUAACCCUCCCUGCUCCCCAUUUUAAGGAAUGCUGUUUAAAAAUGCAUAUUUAUUUCUUUUAAUACAGAUCUGUUGGAUUCAUUUCCCCUUAAAUGUGAAUUUUAGUUUUCUAUAACACAUACAUCCCAAAUGUCCUGAUUUCUGUUAGACAUUCCCUUAUUCCUCCUCCCAUGUCCAAUACUUUGCAGGCAUUGUAGGUAAAUAGAAUAUAAAACCAGAAUCCUAUGCAUUAUUCCCAGGUUGGGCUUGUAUUGCGAUGCUCAAUUACUCCACAUGCGCUGUUAUUUAAUCUGUUCCAAUUACGAUACUCAUUAACCCAGACAACAGACUGCACCUUGCACGUGGAGUUCUAGAAGAUACGCUAAUGUACCACACAUUGGUAUAUUAUAUAGUGCUAAUUGUGCAGUUUCAGUCUAGUGUAUUCAAGCUCUGAGUAUGAUGUGACCCCUAUCUAUAGUUUAAUGGAGGCAUUGUUAUUCGCUAAAGUUGUCAGGAGUUAAAAACGUAUUAAAGGUGAAUUUUGAAAUUAGCUUUGAUUCUCUGACACUUCACAUUUCAGUGGAUAGACCUGAGAAAGUUGUAUUCAUUAAACUGGGAACUAUGGACAAUUACCUAGGCAAUUGCAAAUUCAGGGCAAAAUAAAAGAUCAGCUGAAGACAUCCCUUCUGACCACCCCAACUCAUUUUUUAUUUAUUAACUAAAUCCCAGUGUUAUAUGUGGCAUUCAAGACCCUUCGAUAACCCCUUUCCUAGAAUCCCUAGCAGUAAUUGUAGAAUUUUACCAAACGUUGAGCUCAGUUCAUAUAAAAUAAUGCAAAGUGACUGCAGAAAAGUUGGCAGGGUGUUUAGUGUAGGUUAUCAAAUUAAUAUUGCCAUUAUUAUAUAAUUAGCCUGACAUUGCAAUGAGGAGUCAGUUACAACCGCACUAUUGUAAUUGAGCCUGAAGGGGCAAACUGCUGAGAGGCUGGGAGAAAUUUACUCUUGAUUAGUCCAAUCAAACCACAACUUUGGGCUAGUAAUUGUUAAACGAGAGGCAACAUAUGAAGGGAGGGGGCCGUGUGCUACCUUAAGGGAUUGUAAAAGCUAAUGCAGAUAGAGGAGAGAGAGAGAGAGGGAGAUGGUGUGUGUGUGUGUGUGUGUGUCGGGAGUAGAGGAGGCUGCAGAAAGGAAGAAAAGUCCAUUGAGGAGACUUAUAGCCUGGAAUGGGGCCAAUCUUGGGUUCUUAAUGAGACGCUUGCAACAAAAUAAAUGGAAACACAUGUUUUUUAAUCGUUUCGUUUCUGACCAAAAUAUACAGGGGAAAAGAGGGGAAAAAAAUUAAAGGGCAGUGUGACUUUUAGUAUUAAGUUUGUAGGUUUCUUUUUUUUCUCCUUUUAGAAUUUAAAUUAUUAUUAUUAUUAUUUUUUAAUAGAAUCAAUGAACGCAAAUGCAGUAUAUACAUUUCCAUAAGGAAUGCUCACAGAUAUGAAUUAAAAUACUCCCAAACGAUAUAAAACACAUAUUAUUGUACUCACAAUCACACUGUAUAAUAUAAACAAGUUAAUACAUUAAUGGAGAGUUUGGGCUUUCACACCUGCACUAACAAUCCCAUUGCAUCAGACUGAGUCCUGAAUGAGAUAACUGUGAUAUAAAGUAACAAAGAACGAAAGAGAGGUCACAUUGCAAAAAACAUACAUAUAGCAUCAAAAAAUCUACACACGUAAGAUUUGGUUACGGUUAGACUUGUGCAUUCGGUUUUGGCUGAAUUGCAGUUCAUCUGAAUUUAGGCCAAUCUGCUAUUUGGCCAAAUGCUGUAUCUGGAUGUAAAACCAAACAAGUGAUUGGCCCAAUAGCUGAACAUGUUCAUUUAAUCUACAAAAAAAAAAAAGGAGACGAUUGAUGGAAAAAAGGAUGAUUAAUGGCUAAUGUACAACCAAUAAAUUCACAGAUUGACUAAGAAGUGACCAAAAGAGGGGGAAAAGGAGGAGCAGUCUAUAUUUAUAUAUUUAAUGAUUAUAUACAGAAUGUAUAGAUUUUAUUUUACGGCUUCCCUUCUUACAUUUUCUAUGUAUAUAUUUAUAUCAUGUGUAUCAUUUUGACGCCCUUUUUGAUUAGUCCAAAUCAUUUUUCUGAAUAUUUUGCAUGGACAAUAUUCAGACCAUCUGAGCUCCUGAAAUAAUUUAUUUCCAUAAAAAUAUGGUUUGACCGUAACACAAUUUUCUGCCACGCACAAGCCUAGUUAUUGCACAGAUGGAUUUUAUUUGAGUAUUAUACAGCAAUAAGUCACUGUCCUUGGAAUCGUGUAAUUAACCCGCUGCUUACUUUUUUCUGUUUUAGGUGCCUCAGAACUGGGCCCAUUUUCCGAUCCAAGGCAGUUUACAAGUAUUUCAUCCCUAACGGAGAGUCGCUUUUCCAACCCGCGCAUGCACUAUCCUGCAACAUUUACAUACACUCCUCCAGUCACCUCAGGGAUGUCGUUGGGUAUGUCUGCAACCACUCAUUACCAUACCUAUCUACCACCACCUUAUCCAGGCUCAUCCCAGAACCAAAGUGGACCCUUCCAGACCAGCAGCACUCCUUACCUUUACUAUGGUACAUCAUCUGGAUCAUACCAAUUCCCUAUGGUUCCAGGGGGUGACCGGUCGCCUUCUAGGAUGCUUCCACCUUGUACUACUUCAAAUGGUGGCACAUUACUAAACCCCAAUUUAGGUAACCAGAAUGAUGGUGUUGAUGCUGACGGAAGCCAUAGCAGUUCUCCUACCGUCCUGAAUUCCAGUGGUCGAAUGGAUGAGUCUGUUUGGAGGCCUUAUUGAGUACUUAUUUUUACCUGUGGCCAAAUUGCCUAUACGAUAACAAUACGAAAGUGCCUUUUCAAAACCUAUUCUAUGCAAUGUCAAGUUUAAAUGCAACUCAUUGAGACUUUUAUAUCAUGAUGCAAUAGAACUUAACUGGCAAUAAUUAUGCCUUUAAGUUACAAACGAGUUCGAUAAAAGCACACUUUGCCUUAAAUAUUCAUUUUUGUAUUUUAUUAUAAUAAUAUUUAUAUUGACCUUAACCAUUCCAAAGAAAGUUGUACGGUAGUUUUUUUUCUCAUUGAAGUGACUUGUGUCAACCAGGGAAAAUAAGGGAAAAAAAUAAUAACAUUUUUCGCUGCCACUUCCUGCCUUAUCUACAACAAAAGGGAAAUCCUGGAUUUUGAAUGAUUUCCACUCGAGAAACUGCACAGAAUACUUUUUUUCAAUGACCAAAUCCUUGCGGUACAUUGUAGCGUCAACAUCACACCUUUUCUGGACUAAGCAAGGUGCACUUAUAAAAAACUUUUUUUUUGCUUUUUUUUGUCAAAGCAACAAGUACACAAUAAUAAUAAUAAUAAAAAAAAAUAUUUUGCCUAAGCAUAAAAAGUAGCAAUAUUCGCUCUAGUGGUAUGAAUUUUAUGUUGUGAUGUAUGGCUAGUCUUAUUUUUAAAUUAUCAAUGUGUAUAAAAUUGGAGGAACUUUUUUUUUUUUUUUGCUAAUUUUGAUCAAGGUUUUACAUUUUAAUUUAUAAUUAUUUAAUGAUAUUUGGACCAUCAAGUUUUUGUUCUACAAUGUGCUGACAGGUCCCUAAACUUGUAUAUUUUUGUUGUUUUUUUUUGUUUUGUUUUUGUCAAACCAACUUAAAUUUCUCCAUCGAGAUGAUAAAUAUCUUUUCUAUUCAAUUUUAUAUUGGUUAACAAAAUGUGCUCUAAAUAACUCUGAGGAUAGUGAGUAAGUUACGAAGGAAUCUGUGUUUACUAUUGUUUUGCUUAAUUUCUGCAGAAACAAGCCCUUAGUUUAUUUAUGUGCAAUGCAUUGUAGGGAAAAAGAUGCAUCCAUGGCUUAAAGGGACGGUAUUUUUUCCAAAAAUUACAUUUCUUAGAAAUCUCCAGCUUUUCCAAAGGCCACUGAUAGAGGUAUUAAAUGUCUUUAAGUUAUAUUUAUGUGAUUUUCACUUUUUUAUUGCGAUCUGGGAGUUAAAGAUGUCCCUGAUGACCUUUUUUGGCUGUUCUUCAAAUACUAACUUUACAGCCAAAUUAGGGGCACAGAGAUCAUUUUUAACUUUGGUAGUUUAAUAGCAAUACUCCCGUUAACCCCUUAAGGACCAAACUUCUGGAAUAAAAGGGAAUCAUGACAUGUCACACAUGUCAUGUGUCCUUAAGGGGUUAAAGUCAAUGGAAAAACUAUUUAAUUAGCAAUGAUAAAUAUAUAUAUAAUCAAUUAGCCACAGUUCAUUCAAAUGAAGUUAUUAUGGUGCGACGAUGUCCCAGGCAAUGGCUUAACGUUACGGGUUAAACCGUUAAUGAAAGGUUUAACUUUAAAGUCUUACGUCUGGCCCUCGUCAGCUCUGAAAUUAAACUUCCUUAAAUCAGUAAGCCUUGGACCUUUGGACCGAGGCUAUCAACCUUUUUUGCUUUCCUGAACUGAGAAUGCUGAUAAGUACAUUCAUGAAAAUUGAAUUAAUUAUUCUUGAUAUUAUACCAUUGAGAACAUUUGUUCAUUUAGUGAGUGGUUUCUGGUAGAUAUCCUUGUUCUUUCGUCUCAGGUUACUAAGGACUGCUUCAGCGAUUGAGUAAUGCCAGCAUUAGUAGCAAUCUAAAGGAGCUAAAAUGUAAAAAUAGGAUGGGAGGUGAAGAGAAAUGUGUCAAAAUACUGGGGUAGAAUGCUGCAAGAAUGGGACAUGGUGGAAAGAAUGGUGGAGGAAGAUCGGUGGAAAUGGCCAUUGAAAAAAAGAGGGAGAAAAAGAGAUAGCGAAAGAUGCAUAAAAAAGGCUAAGUGAUGAAGAAUUAUUCUUCAAGUGAUCUAGGUUUAGGCUUGGGCGCCACAUUCUUUCCGUAUAAGGAGGAUAGACAGAGCAGCUGAUCAAAGUUCCAGAGAAAGGACAACUAGGCACCCUACUAUUAAUACUUUGUAACUUGAUUAGAGAUGAGAGGGAGCCAAAUGUGGGGCCAUCACUACCCUAGAUUAGACCUGAGUAUAGCUUCCAGCCCAGUUGACCACAAAAAAACUAGGCACAUGUAACUCUCUAGUAUUUGAAGCCGUGUUCCCUCUAAGUAGUUUUAGCGAAAGAUACAGCAUUGAAACAGUACAUUGAUCUUUAUAUUGGCAUGACCAAGCAGCUCGUAAUAAAUAUCUGUCAUUUUAUUGUAAAUGGCAAACUUUGGCUUCUCUUUGUGCUUGGAGCAUACAGAUCUUUGAAAGGGGGAACACAGCUUGUGGGAAGCGGAUUUAACAUUUUCAGUGUUAUUUGCAUCUAUAAUAAAUUCAAGACACCUAGGGGAUUAUUCAUUAAGUUUAGAACGGAAGAUGAUUGCAUAUUUUAAGUUAAAAGAGUUAAGCUAAAAAUAUUAUGGAGCUAAAGCAUUUUCCAAUUCAUCUGUUUUAUAAUAACCUUCUUAAUCUACUGCCAUCCCCAAUUUAGUCAGUAAACUAAACAAUUUACACGAUUAGCAUUCUCAAUGCACUAUAUGUUUGAUAAAUGUUACAAAAAGCACAAAUACUUGCAAUGUGAUAGAGAGACCAGUUGUCCCCAAUAUGAUUCAAGUUACAUAGUUAGCUAAGCAAAGGACCUCACAUUGUACCAAGUUCGUUUUACGGAACAUUAAAUCUUAAGAGACACUCCUGAAAUGUGAUUUUUUAUAAAUACAGGGUACAGUCAUUUAAAAUAUUUUAGUUCUGCGGUAAAAAAAAAUUUCCACAGUAAAUCACUCACAACCAAAAUAUUAUAGAAGGAGUCUUGAUGUUUGUGGACGAUAGCAUGUUCCCUAAAAAUGCACUGCUAGUUUUAUUUUUUAAAUCAAAAUAUAUUUUAAAAAUCUGUUGUGUGUCUCUGAUGCAGUUAUAGUGGCAGGUGGGAUAGCCACCAAGUCUUUGAAAGCCCAAGGUUAGGCACUGGGAGAGUCCGUUUUGUUUUCUGAAUCCUGAUUAUGUCCAUUGCUAGUCACCUUUCUAGUAUAUUGCUGGAGGAAAUUGAGCAAGAUUUCAGACUUAAUUGUGGUUCUGUAUAAAGUGUAAUUCUGUGCAAGUUCUAAAAGUAAAGCAAACGGUAUGCUUCUUUGGUUCCCAUGGAAAUUGUUCCACGUUUCGAGCAAAGAAUUGCUCUUGAACAUGAGUGGUAACAUCUGGGGAACACAGUUCCGUGCAGAAUGGACCAAAACCUUUGCAAUUUGUAUAAUUGGGCAAGACAGGGUAAUGCAAUGAAACAUUCCAUUCAAUGUUUUAUUUUACAUGUAGUUUACCAUUCAUAUUUGCCUUGCAUUUUCCUAAGCAAGCAUUUUAUUGCCUUUACAUUACAGGUGGAAAUAAAUUGCAGUUUUAAAAAGAGUAAGCAAUUUGUGUCCGAACCUAAAUAACCCAUGUAUGCACUUAUUGACUAUAUGUUGGCACUGAUUCCAGCCUGUGUUCAUUAAUCAUGUUCAUAAUUUGUCCAAAUGCUAUAAUUUUCCAGGAUCUCUUCACUAAAUUAAGAGCUGCAAUGACUGGAGAAACUAUGAACUAGAUUUAGGCCCAAAUAGUUGGAAUAAUUUGUCCAUCUUUGCUGCAUUGGAGAUGAGUCACCUUAACUUGUUCGGUGAAUGGACUUCCACCAUAAUAUUUUACUGGGUUUUUUUUGCACUCAACCUACAAUUGUUAGGUUAGAAAUAUAUACAUUUCUAUUGUCUCCGAUUAGGAUCCAGUCUGUUUGUGUAUUUAAUCAUUUCUUUAAUAAUGCUAACUGGAUAACAUGCCCUUGCAGGUCCAAUAACAUAGGCCAUUUGUGUGGCUGAGGUUGUUUAUUUACCAAUCUUUACUCUGUAAAUGUAUGUGUAUCUUUAGGAUGGCCAAGCAGCAUGGAAACUAUAGGCCACAUAUAGCAGUGUCUCUAAAAGCAAGCCAUUGCUAACCUGGGCCUUAAAGCCGGGAUCUCAAACUCAGCAACUCAGAUGUUGGUGGCCUACAACCCCCAGAACUCUUUAAUGUGAUAUAUGGCCGGUUGUAUUAAAAGGGAUACUAUAGCAUUAGGAUUAAAAACAUGUAUUCCUAAUGCUUUAGUUCUCUCCUCCCUGUUUACAUUAAAGCCCCCCCUAAUUAAAUAACUAAAGGAAAAUAGGUUCUCCAGUGCUGAGAUUCACUUGGUCCUGCUGUCCACUAAUCGAUCUUAUAGGCUUUGCUUCCUCCGUGUUCUUGUCCAACUGAAUGCUUCUCAAAGAGAAGCAUUGGGGAUGAGAAGCAUUUAUGUACCGAGUGCCACACUUAUUCAAUCAAAUGCUUCUCAUAGGGGAACAUUGAAUCCAGUACGUCUCUGUGAUCAGCAUUUGAUAAUAUUCAAGGUUCAAUGUCCCAUAACAGAGUCAAACACGGUUAUCAGUGGGGAUGUCCCUUUAGUGGCUGUCUACUAAACAGCAAUGUUUCCAAUUACAGGGCUAAAGCACCCAGGAGCCCUUAAAAUGAAGUGGUCUGUUUAGUGUCCGUUUAAGCAAUACCUGUGGGGUCAGAAUUUGAGACGCCUGCCUUAACUCCAAAAACCGUAACCAAUACAGCUUAUUGUAGUUGUUCAAUGUGCAAGGCGUUACUCUCUGGAAGCUGUUCCUUUUAUUUUUGAUGAACCAUUUUUGGUUUUAAAAUGAUAAAAUUAAAGGUAUAGGUAUUCUUUAAAUUUAAAAAGAAAAAAAUAUAUAUUUUUCAGAACAAAAAAGGGCUAAAAACACCUUGAUCUAAGCAUUUUAGUUGUAAGAUUAACUUUCUAUUUAGCUCACACCCAGUGGACAUGCUGCCUUAAAUGUGCCUUAAAUAAAACCUUUUUUCUUUGCUAUAUUUUGCUGAGAGUGUAAUGCCAUUAUCUCUGUAAUUGUUUCUAUUUAUUUUGGUGGUAGCUGGAAGCAAACCAUUGUCCUGUAAUAUUUGUCUGUGCUUGUCAGUGUCCACGGCACCUACAUUAGCCAGUGUCUAGGUACAUACUGUACAUACUGCAGGUUUUUGCCUAUAACAAUCAAAAAUUAAAAUGGGAGGGAACAUGUUACUUAUUUAAUAAAAAAAUAAAAAAAGAGUACUUUUUGGUAAUUGUAUGGAUGAAGAUUUUUUUUUUAAUAUUACUAUAUAAGUUAUUAUAAUGGCUGCAGGCAGCAAUUCAGGAGAAUUUUAUGGUCAAUACCAAUGCCCUUAUCCCUUUAUUAUUUUGGAAACAUUGUGCAAAUUAAGUUAACCCUUGACAUGUCAAUAAAAUGCACGCUGCGUCUUAGCGGGCAUUAAGUUAAUUAGCACAUGAAAUGAAUAAAUAUCCAUUUCUAUAUUAAUUAAUGAAUUCACCAGUGCUAGCUCUUUAUAUAGCAUGGCAUAUAUCCUGAAAUGUUAUUACUGCCACUGCUUUCAAGAUAUGUCACAAUGCCAGAUAUGUCAGCUGCACAAUCCACUACACCCAGAGGGUUAAAUAAUCAAUUCUUUACUAAUCAGCCUAUAAGAGUCAAUAAACAUACAAUUGCUGAAUGGCUUGGCCAUUAUCAGAAAUGCCAGCUGCUCUUAGCCAUUGUGGGUAUCUAGCUCUACUAUGAGAAAAAAGUUAUUUUAUAAAAUAUGCAUUUAUGUCGUUAUGUUUUUCUUUUUUUUAUGCUACAAAUUCCAUAUGGUCAUCUAUUUAGGGAGACCCGUCAAUCCUCGCCCCAUUCUAUCUUAAUAGCGGGAACAUCCACAAAACUCUAUACCAAAUAUUAAUACAGAGAAAAGACUGAAAGUGCUAUCAACAUUACAAAUAUGGAAUAUGCAGCCUGUCAGCCAUUUUAUCCGGCCUAGAAAACUCGUACUUUUGCAUAAAUUAAUAAUGUUAAUUAAUGUUCUCUCCAUACCUUCUCAUCACCUCCACACCCUCGAAAAAAAAUCUACUAACCGUAAAUCUUUGCUGCCGAGCUAUAAAGUACUUAUUUUGUUUUUUUAACCAGUUCUCAGGAAACAGUUAUAUACCAAAUCUUCAGCACUAUGCCAAUGUCACCCUCCAGCAGUGAUGUUUAUGUACCAAUAUUUAUUCGCCGGUAAAUUACAAGACCAAAGUCUUUUUUAACCAUUGUUUUACUUUACUGGACAGUACGAUCUCUCAUUUUGUCUCGGUAGAAGUUUGAAAUAUAGUAUAUAUUUCAUGUUUACAAGGGCUAUUUUAAUUUUUCUGAACAUUGUAUUUUGAAACAUAUCAGUCAUAAAACAUGUUUUUACCAUAUUUGUAUUUUUUAGGUACUCGCGACAUUCCAUUAAAAACAAAAUAUAGAUUUUAUAUUCCAACAACUGCUUCAACCAUUUUUUUGUAAAUAUAUGCUUCUGUUACAAAUUGCAAUUUCCAAUAUUUGCUUGUUAUGCACACAUCUUUUUAAGAAGUUUUGCUUGUCAUCCGCAGAAUGUCUGUGGGAACGUUUACUCCUAUUUGAAAGGGACUUUUUGUUUUUCUAUUUUAUUUUGCCGUUUGUAAAUUUAAUUGUGAUGCUCUGCACCUGAUUAUUAUUAUAAUUGGAUGUUUGAAUUUUAUUUCUAAUAAAAUGGCUUUUUGAUACUU